AUGGCUAACAAUUCUACAGAUCAUCACCCCGCCAACUCUGUGAAUGAGGGCAGCUAUGAGGGGGACUUUGGCUGCAGUGUGGCAGAUUUGCGUCUCCUCAUGGAACUGCGGAGUGGGGAGGCAGUCACCAGGAUAAAUGACACAUAUGGUGGGGUUCCUAACAUAUGUCGCAGACUCAAGACCUCCCCUGUUGAAGGUAAGCUAUUCCUUGUGAGAAAAGAAGAAACCUCUUUCAAAUUCUGCUCCACACCCAAAUGUUUUAUUAUUUGUCAUGUAGAGCCAGUCUCUUUAUAGGGCCAGAGUAGCUCUCCAAUAGCAGUCACUUCUAAAUCUAUGUUGAGUAUACUUAGUGAGCCCUUUUUGUGACUAAAUGCAUGAGGAAUCUCAUUUUUGGAAUUCCUUUUCUCAAACUUAGGGAACACUAUAGGGUCAGGAACACAAACCUGUAUGCCUGACCCUAUAGUGUUAACACAUGCAAGGUCCCUGCCCCCCUUAAAUAAUAAAAAAUAGUACCUUAUAUCCAGUGCCACCCUGCCCCUGAUCCCAUAGGAAAGCAUUGGAUUUGCUGAGAUUGUCAAUUGCUAUGAGGAGGUCAGGUGGGAGCGGGCCCUAACGCCACUGUAGUCAAUGCAUCUCUAUGGAGAGGGUUGAGCAUCUCUGUGCAGCACUGCCCCAGGAAGCACCUCCUGUGGCCGUCUCCGGAGUGGCCACUGGAGGUGUUCCUGGGCAGUAAUGUAAACACCGCCUUUUCUCUGUAAAGGCAGUGUUUACUUUAAAAUGCCUGCAGUGUCUAAUUUAUACUCACAUGAACAACUACAAUAAGCUGUAUUCUUUCUGGUGAUUAUAGUGUCCCUUUACGAGCAUAGCUAAUGAUUUAUAAAAAAAAAAAGAAAAAUUUGCUACAAUUUCAGGUAAUAGUGUAGCUAACUGGCAUUUGGGUAAAUUAUCCUUAUGUUGCCUUUUUGAAUAGUGUUCUUUGGAAUCACACUGUGAAUCAUGCCUCAGAGACAAUCCAUUGUUAGUCAGUUUUGCACUGCUAUGGCAUUUGUAAAAGUAUGCCAAUAUAAACAUGCACAGUCAUGCAAAGAACAGCCCUGCAGAUCCCACUCCCCUUCAGACAUGUUUUAGACAAGACUUUUGCAGAUAACAGGCUCCUAAUGCUGUCUUGUAUUAAGUGGAACUGUAAUCAAAUGGAAACUGUGGUUGUUGUUUUUUUUUUUUUGUAUGUAUAUUACAUAACAACCACAUUUAUAAAUAAAGUUAGCUAAUUAUUCCAAACAUGGCCUUUAUCUGCAUCACUACUAAUAACCAUGUGUGUGCCUGCCCUGCAGCAAAAAUGGUAAACUAGAGUAAGCAAUGUAUAAUAUAUACUUUGUAUAGAUUAAGUGUGUAUGUUUAUCUGAAUGUGACAUUGUCACCAACAUAUGACAGCUCCACUUGUAGGAUAAUUGCAUGGUCUGUAUCUCAGACUACUAUGGAAAGUACAUUUCUCCUGGUCUGUAAUCCACCCAGUGGAUAUAUACCAUGCCAUUUGUGUAGUUUACCUACAGUUGUAGACUGCACAAAAUGUUGAGAAGUUUGGAACUUCCUGCAAUCUUCAAUAAAAAUAAAGUUCUAUAGCAUUAGUCAUAUUAAGAUAGUCAUAUUGAAGUAGUGCAGAAUGAAGAAUGCAAAUGUACCAUGAGUCAAAAAAUGUUCAACUAGUCACCCAUUACUAGCCAAAAGAACAGCAUCUGAUUGUUAAUACACACUAUAUUGCUCAGUUCAGCAGUCAGACAAAAUCCACCUUCACUGACUCUCAGCCCCCUCUAGUGUCCAUAGUUAUUAGUGCUCCUCCUGCCUUACCUACCUUUGACUGUUACCCCCCGUCUGCCACCCAGGCGCUGACAGUGCCGCUUUAAAUUUCCCAGAUUUCUUUCUCACUCUUAUCUCCGUUUCACAUCAUAACCUUUUGAUUGUAAGCGCACAUGCUGUCCAGCUUAGUAAUUUGUAUAUAAGGGCUAUAAAUGCUAGAUCUCAGUCCUCAGACAGGGUCCUCUCCUUUUGUACUCAUUACUCUACAAUGUACUGUGUUCCCAUAUUGUUUUAAUAAUCUGCAUAUUUGGGAACACACGGUUUCCUUGCCAUGUUGCAUGCAGGGGAUAUUUUUGAUGCAUUUCUACUCCCCUCACUUGCAUGUAGGCUGGGCCUAGUUCUGAUGUAUUUAUGGGUUGCGGCCUGCAGUUAAUAGAAUUUAGUAUAGCUAGAUGUUCAUAUUUUUAAGAAAUAUUUUAAUUGUGAUGAGUGUACAGUAAUGGCAGUUGGAAUCUAUUAGUAUCGGUAAUGUGGUGUAUAUCAACACACAUGGUCACAUGGUGACAUCUGACUUGACUGCAGGAGCAGUGUCAUGGUGCCUUCCAAUCUGGAUGGGAUGGAGUUAUGCUAACAGAAGGUGCUGAGACUUUCUGACACGCUGCAGCAGACCUAUGAGCAAGUCUGCACAUGUGCAGCUCUAUUUGGAUGCCUUGCAGAUAACUGCUGUUGCCUCUCACCCAGAAUAAGGCUGAAGGUAUUGUUUUGAUGCAUCUUUGCUGGCAUUGUGUUACACUAUGGUCACCAAGACAAUUUUAGUUUAACCCCUUAAGGACGGAGACAAUUGUACACUUUCAAAUAAAAACAAAACCUAGAAUUUGCGCUAUAUGUCUGUUAAACCAUAAUUUACCUCUUUCACAUUAAGUGCUCCCACGCAUGUUAUAUAUCAUUUUGUUCAGGAGAAACUGAGCUUUCAAUUCACAUCAAAUAUGAAACAUUAAUUUAAUAUUAAUAAAAUCUAAAAAAAAUUGAGAAAUGUAAGAAGUUUUUUUUAUUUUUCAAGUUCUGCAUGGCAUUUUAACUGUGAAUGUCAUCAUACUGUUGGAAUGUACUGCAAUAAAAUACACAUAUUUGUAUUCUGCAAUGUCUCAUGAGUGCUACGGUUCCCCCAUGUUCAGGUUUUACCGGGUUUUCCAAUGUUACCGAGUGGGGAUCGACCAAUAUUGAUUUUUUUUUUUUUAAUAGAGCCGAUACGGAUAUGUGAACUUUCAGGCCGAUAGCUGAUAACUUACCGCCAUUCUGUACAUUUACCAUUUAAAAAAACAAUUUCAACACAAAUCUACUGUUAACCGAACAUGUUUAUUAUUUAAUUUUUUGCUAUUUUUUUUUUUUAUUAUUAAGGUAAAUAAGGUAAAAAUGCACAAAAUAUACAUGCCAGUCAGAAUUUAUGUUUUCAAGAAUAUAUGUGUGUAUAGUGGAUGCAGAGAAAGUAUUUGAUUAGUGAAUGCAGUGGGUGGGUUUGUGUAGUGGGUGCAGUGUUUGUGUAAUGUACGUUAAGUGAAUGCAAUGUGUGUUUGUGUAGUGUGUGUAUAUAAUGAAUGCAGAGUUUGUGUGUGUUUAUGUGUAGGUAUGUAAUGUUUGUAGGAUGGGGGGGGGCAUUUUUAUUUUUUAAACUUUUUUUUUUUUAUAUAUAUAUAUUUAAGUUUUAACUUUUGUUACAUUUAGUUUUAGUCCCCCUUCCCUGUGUCUUACCUGGCCAGGGAAGGGGAAUAUUGCGUUCCCUGGGGGGCCCGCAGCGUUCCUGGGGGGGCCCAGCACACUCUUACUUCUCUUCCCAGCAGCUUCCCUGUCUAACUUUAAUGGCCUGUGUGCCACCAUUGUAACCCGUGGCAAUGCUCUGACUGCCGCGGGAAUAACGAGAGUUAGACAAGGGAGCUGCUGGGAAGGUAAGAGUGUGCUGGGCCCCCCAGGACCCUGAUGGCGGCCCUGGUCUGCAAUAUCAGUAUCUUUAUUGGCCGAUACUGAUAUUGCAGAAAAUACAGAAUAUCGACCAGACCGAACACUGCCCCUAGGGACACCUCCAAGAGGCCACUCCUUAGAUGGCCACUGGAGGUGCUUCCUGGCUCAGGGUUGCACAGUAAGCAGCCCUGCCGUUCAGCGCCCCCACGCUCUGCAUGGAGAUGCUGAAUUUUCCUCAUAGAGACGCAUUGAGUCAAGGUGCCGAUUGGCCAAAACAGCAUUUUGCCCCGCCCUUGUGCCAAUUUUGCCAAUUCAAUGCUUUCCCUGUGGGUAAAAAUCUGCCAUUUUGAUGAUGUCACAACGGGGCGGAGCCAGCACCAGCAGACCUGCGCAACGCUGGAAAUAAGGUGAGUUUUAAACUUUUAUAGGGGGGCAAGCCUCCUAAAUGGUGGGUUUAGCACUUCUGGGGUCAGGAAUACAUGUUUGAGUUCCUGACCCUAUAGUGAUCCUUUAAUGCAGGCAUUUUACUACCUAAGGCAGCACUGACAUUGAGCGACUCGACGCCCUACAUGGAGGCAAUGAACGUUCCUCGUAGAGAGGCAUUGAUUUAAAACAUAUCUAUGAAGAGAUAAUGAUUGGCGCAGAGCGGCGUUUUCCUGCGUAUGUGCGAUAACCUCACAUUGGAUUGUUUAAGAUCUUCUAGUUUGAGGUCAGUGAAAGAGGUGAAGCAGGGGUGGACUAGUCACAAGGAAACUCGCACGGCAUUGGAACAAAGGUGAGUAAAAUCACCUUUUACUUUUCUGACCAGGGGCAGCAGCAAGCUGUUACUUACCUUUCCUGCAGCUCCCGGUGUAAAUCUUGCGAGUCCCACGGCCGUCAGUGUUACCAUUAGGGUUACCAUGGCAACGCUGUGCGCAACAUGCAGUCCUUAAGAUUUACACAGGGAGCUAAAGGGAGCUGCUGGAAAGGUAAGUAACAGCUUGCUGCAGGGCCCCCAUUGCUCAGUACAUGCCACUGGACCACCAGGGAAUGACAUAGCCCCCCUCCCUGGCCAGGUAACAAGCAGGGAAGGGGGACAAAAAAAAAUCUAAAUCAAACAUAUAUAAAUAUUAAAAAUUUAAUUAAAAUAAAAAAUUCUCCCCCCUCCCCCCAUUUUACACAAAUUACAUCCCUUCAGAAACACACACACUCUGCAUUAUAUACACACACACUACACAAACACACACACACUGCAUUCAUUAUAUACACAGACUACACACACACUGCAUUCACUAUACGCACACUACACACCCACCACACACUACAUUUAAUAUACACACUCAGCAUUCAGUGUAUAUAUACACACACUACACAAACUCACUGCAUUCACUAUAUACACCCUGCAUUCAUUAUAUUAACACUGCAUCCACUACACAAACACACGCAGCUCCCCUGUCUAAACAUACUGCAUCCACUACAUGUGGCAUGUAUAUUUUGUGCAUUUACCUUUAGAAAUAGUUAUCGGCUAUCAACCUGAAAGUUCACAGAUUAUCGGUAUCUGCUCUAAAAGAAAAAAUCAAUAUCGGUCGAUCCCUAAUGAGAACAUUUUUUUUUAUUUCUAGUUAGCCAUACUUUCAAAGUGACUCUAAUUGAUAGAUGAAAACUUGUAGUUUCGAAGUUAGACAUAUCCAUAAAUAAGAGAGAGGAGCCUGUAGGGUAAAGAAGAGAUACAAUGGUGGUAUCAGUGGAAAAAAAACUGGUGAUAAACCCUAAACUGUUAAUUGAAUUUGGGAGAAAAACAACAAAAAACAGAAACCAAAAGUUACCAGCAUGUAUCUCUUAAUGUAGGGAAAAACUACAGAUAUAGUUCCACGAUGAAAAAAAUUAUCUCUAAUUGAGAAAUUAAUACCAAGGCUAAUACUUAACUUUUAAUGUUAAUUUAGAUUAAAUAAUAAAGAAAACAAUAAUAAUAAGUAAGAUAAAACAAGGUGUUUGGUCCCUAUUGUAUCAAAUAUAAGAUACAAAUACCUUGCUAUAAGAGUAUCUAAUUAAAGAUACUCUUAUGGUUAGGCAACAGUGUAUCUAUGUGAAUUAUCAAUAAGCAGUAAAAUAGGCUUUUAUUUGGACACUGUAACGCAUACAAAUGGGCUCAUGACGCCUACCUGGCAUUUCCUAGGUGUCAAUACUCACCGCCGUUAUCUCACAGCAACGGAACUUUCAUUCCGUGUUUAGACGUCCUGUUACUGGAUGUUUAAGUACUUAUAAUUUUGUUACCUUGAUCUCUCUUCCUGAAAGAAUAGCGGGUGGUUUCAGAGUUAGAGCAGGCUUUUUUAAAGCGGUGCCCACGAAGGCACACUAGAUACCUACCGAUAUAGGAGCUAGUCAAUUUGCACCUCCUUUCUCCCUCUGCCUCAGCUUUGACUAUAUAGUAUGUGUUACAGUGUCCAAAUAGCAUAUUUUCCUGCUUAUUGAUAAUCCACAUAGAUUCACUGUUGCCUAACUAUAAUAGUAUCUUUAAUUAGAUACAAAUACCUUGCUAUAAGAGUAUCUUAUAUUUGAUACAAUAGGGACCAAACACCUUGUUUUAUAUUAUUAUUAUUAUUACUGUUUUCUUUAUUAUUUAAUCUAAAUUAACAUUAAAUGUUAAGUUUUAACCGUGGUAUUAAUUGGUACUACUUUCUCAAUUAGAGACAAUUUUUUCAUCUUGGAACAACAUCUGUAAUUUCUCCCUACAUUAAGAGAUACAUGCUGGCAACUGUUUUUUUCUCUCUCAAGUUCAAUUAGCCAUAACCAUGAUUUAAAUGCAGCAAGGUUUUUAGAAUACAAGGAAGCUCACAUUGAUCACUGCUUAUAAUACAGGUUAGAUCUGCUUAUGCGUCAUUGUAUGUUUAAUGCUUUAGAAUGCCAGAGGGAUCUUGGCAGGAGUGUAGUGUACCCCAUUUUAUCCUCAUUAACUAUUGGGGAGUGGCAGUUGCAAGGUAGGUUUGGGAAGGGAGUUAUCGGUCUGUGUCAACAUAGUUAAAACUAUUCAUUGAAACAAUGCAGUGCCUGUGCCCAGAUAAUACCCAAGUAUGAGUUGGUGGCUAGGAAACUACCAUGUUAAGCAAUCGGGAGCAGUAGCUUUAUCUAAGUCUCUCAUUCUCUAAUGCGUGUCUUCAUUUAUACCAAGUUAAAUACAUUUUGUUUUAGUUUUUAAGUUUAAGACCGCCCCUCUGCUUUGCAAAAUAAACAACUAUUUAUAUUGGUAUGCUGUAAUAUCAAAUAAGGUCAAACAUUUACCAGAUUGUGUUCUGUGAUGUGUGUAAAAAGGCACUUAUUUUAUGUGGGGGAGCUUCUUUUUAGAAACAUAAUUUAUGGCAGUUGGACAGAUUAAAAUUUUCAAUGCAUAUUAAAGCAGAAUUGUCAUUCUCAUACCCCAGUAAAAUCCUUCUCUUGGCAAAACUUAAGAAAACGAAGAGUUACCACAUUAGAUUUGUCACUUCCCCUCGCCUUUGCUAGCGAUUGCUGCGGGAAUAAGGCAUUAUGUUGCUUAUAGCGGGACUCUCCAUAGCCAUUAGUGUUGUACUCUUCUGCAUGUGUGAAAGUACUGCACUGAUGUGGGCUCCUGGCAGAUGAAAUGCCAGAAGCUGAAGAAAGAAGAUGGUGGCACCGGCGAUGGACAGCAUCAGGAAGUAUAACUCAUCAUAGUUGCAUCUCUCGGCCACCGCACCCACUGUCCAGACGAAAAAAUGGUUGUUUGAACUCUGUGAUGUUUAAAGGCUAAAGUUUUAAAUGCUAGAAACUCUUGGGUUUGUAUUAUAACACACAAAGUGGGAUAUAAAAUUUGCUAUAUGUUGUGGUGCAAUGAAAACAGUGACUGCUUUGGUAGAAAACGCAAGGUACCAUGAUUAGCUAUGGUUCUAGUAUGGUAAGUUAUGGUGCAUGGAACUCUCAGUCCUCCUUCAUUAUGUUCAUUAUAACUGCAGUAACUUGCAAAGAGAAUAAUUUACAGAAGCCAUAAGCCCCAACAGAUUAUUUUACAGUAUGUACCUGCAAACAACUUGUAUGAAUUCUGAGAGCCUGUAAAUAAGCUGCGUGCACGACUGGCUGUAAUCAGUUUCAUUUAUGGGGGGGAAAAAUUUAUAUAAUUAAGCUACUCAGCUAGCUAAUAUGAUUCAUGUGUCUGCUUUCAUUACCCAGCAGAGUAGUGUCUUUAAUUUGAUUUAAUAAAUGAAACUACUUGUGAUUGUUGAUGUACGUAUUACCUGUUACUUACCUUUCAUCUAUUGGAUUAAUGUAAGUAGGAAGUCUAGGAUGAGUGAAAAUAGAAAAGAGCACUUGCAAAUGACAUGGUGUUGAGUGGCGGUAGGAAGGGUAAAAACGGAGGGCAUUUACAUUUUUUAUUUUAUUUUUUUUAUUUUUUUACAAAAAAACGUUUAAAAAAGGAAAUAAAUAAAUGUAGUGGUGGUAAGCCAGCAUGGGAAUGAGAGAAAUAUUACAGGUAGAAAGUUUGAGUCACCAAAUCACAUAUUUCUAGACCACGUCAUUUUAUUAGGAUUGCUAUGUGUCACACAACUUUCCAGGGCUGUUUGGAAAAUAUUGGUAAAUAUGGAUGUGCAACCAGAGAGCCUUCAGUAAUCAGGCACUUUUUCAUUAGAUCACUUUUUGCAUGUCUGCUUCUAUGCUGCACCUCUUUUUGUGGAGUGUAGAACACAGAUUUAUCUGCAGGAUACAUUGUUAUCGAGGUGAUCUUCCAAAUAAGGAAGGCUACAGAUUCUGGGUUGUUAAUAGUGCUGAAUGGAUAAAUGGUGUCACUUGUAGGUUAUCUACCUGAAUCUCUGCAUCUGGUUAUGCAGGAAGAGAUGGUGUAGUCUCUUGGGAGAGCCUGCUUAGUGGGCGUCGAUCUGCAGUAAAAGGUGUUAGAAAUCCCACUUACAUCAUCGGUGCAAAGACACAGACACGCACACAACCUUCCAGCUAAUCUGCUAUGCACUCGCCCUGCAUGUUAGAAAAACAGCAGCACUUGCUGAAUAACAAGAAUUUUUCCACAUGCAGACCAGACAUCUCCCUGUUGCGUGUCCUAAUGCACCACAAGGCAAAAAAUGAUAAGCAGGCUGCUAUGUGACCCUCUGUAGUUAUACACCAAAUUGAUUUAUCAUGUGAAACAAAGCUUAUGUUCCAUGUGACUUUAGCCACUAGGAUGUCUAAUGUGAUUGAGGAUAAAAUAUACCCUCUGUUACAGAUUUGCUGCCUGGUUUCUAAUUAUAUUUUAAUGUUUUCAGUGUGGUCACAAUCUGUGUAACCCUUCGCAUGCCACCCUGUUUGCAUUGUUUGUCAUAGUGCUACUAAAUACCUGAAUGUUACCAGGGGCAGGCAUGUCAAGCUUCACAGGUAUUGGAAUCCAACAGAACAAAGGUUAUUUGCAUUAAGAUAGAAAGUUAUUUCCAUGCAUACUGUAAUUUUUUGUUCCUAAACAAAGCCAUGGCAACAUUUAUAGGUAGCUCCUUCCCUCCCAGUGUAAAUGACAGGAAGCAGAACCAUUACAGUAGUAUAAAUAACAUUGUCCAUUCCAUAUCUAGCAAUCUUUAGCCCUGUUCUCCACACAAGUCAGAAAUUAGACUGCUUUAGCAGACUGCCAGAAGGAAUUCUCAGUACAAAAUUUAAAAGUAAGACCACAUAGAGCAGAUUGAGAAAAAUUCUCCAUGUCAAUUCUGUUUUCAGUUUGGUUAUGACCUUGAUGUUUCACUUAAAAUUUCCUUUGGAUACCCUGAAAUUCUUUAUUUAGUAAAUAGGCUUCCAGAUAUAUUUUUGUGCUGAGAAGGCCAGCAUUUAUACACACCCAACAAAGGUUUAGCAUUGGUCCCUGAAGGUUCUGUAAUUGGCACUUAUAGUAUGUCAUUUCUUAAAACCAAGAAAUGCAAUAUUGUGUGCUGGUGAUAUUUGAGAUGGUUUUGAUUGGAAAAUUGUGCUUACUGAUCGUCAGAAAUGUUUGGAGACUGUGUGAAGCAAAUUAAAGUUAUAUGGGGCAUUUGAAGGUGUUACUGGAAGGUUACUCUGAACGCAUAGAGAAAAAAGUUCAAAACUGUAUGGCGAUUACAGAUAAUAUAUUGUGUGCUAUGGACUGGAAAGAAGUCAAAAUGCAUUCUUAUAUAUAAUAAUAAGGCUAUAUAUACAUGUUGUCUACAGUGAUGUUACAUUGAGGACUGGUUCAUUGUUGACAGUUAAUUGCUUUUGAAAAAAAAUGCUCAUUUAUUGUUGGAAUCUUACACAUAUUUGCUGCAUCAGCAAGCCAGCAGCUCUCAGUGUCUCAAGGACUUGCGGCUGUUGAAGUUGAUUGUAUACUCCAUCAGCGCACAAGGACCUUGUAAAUCAAAUCGAAUUACAGAAAACCUACAAUUCUCAUGCAGCUGAACAGAAGUGUAAACUCUGAACCUUCUCUCUCUGUAUAUAAAUUCAAUCUUUGCUAAUUUCACAUGGUUGUUCUGUUUUUGGCUGGAGCAUACACUCAAACAUUAAACCGAAAUCACUUUUGACAGUUGCAUUUAGUAUUAAAAAUGUAUGUGAAUGCUUUUAAUUAAAGGAACACUAACUUUAAAAACAAUUAUAUUAUUUAUUGAAUACAUCAUGUAUCCUAAAGGUAAAUUAUGUUGUCAAUGUAAAAUAUCAAGAUCCAGGAUAGUCUCCUCACAGCAGCUUCAGUGCUUCUUCUGAGAUCACCAAUGCUAAUCAUCUCUGUGCAGUUUUAAAGUGACACUAUAGUCACCAAAACGGCAAGUCAUUUUGGUGCAUAGAUCAUGUUCCUGCAGGCUCACUGCUCAAUUAUCUGCCAUUUAGGAGUAAGUUUAAAAAAAAAAAAAAAAAAAAAUAUGCAGCCCUAGUCACACCUUCCUGUAUGUGACUUAGUCUUCCUAAACACUUCCUGUAAAGAGACCUCUAAUGUGUACCCUAUCUUCAUUGCAAAUUCUGUUUAAUUUUGAAUGCCUUAUCUCUUGCUCUGUUAAAAGCUUGCUAGGCACUGCAGGAGCCUCCUGUGUGUAGGUAAUGUUAAAUUUAAAGAGCAGGAGAUAAGAACAUUUAAAGUUAGUUACAUCUGAUUAAAAGUGAAACUAUUUUGUCUUCAUUCAGGCCAAUGAGUCACAGCCAGGGGAGGUGUGGCUUGGGCAGAAUAAACAGAAACAAAAGUGAUUUAACUCCUAAAUGGCAUAGAAUUAAACAUUGAAUCUUCAGAGGCAUGAUCUAUAUACACCAAAACUGCUUAAGAUAAAGUUGUAUUUGACCAACCGCGCACAUGGUCCUUUGCCCAAAACAGUUCCAUGAAAUCAGGGCUAGCGGUCGGUCAACUUUGGUAACAUAAAAAUGAAUAAAAUACUGAACCAAUCCUAUUCACGGAGCUUCCACAAACCACCCCGUUCCGCACCUUUGACAUGUUCCGCCACUUACAAAUAAAAAGCUUCCUGGAAACACCGACAAUAUCACAGGGGGGGACCAGAACGAUGACCCACUUCGAAAAACAAUGCCUACAAACACCAGCACGCAAAGGCCAAAUAUCAGAGAUAUACUCACACAUAAUACAACACAUUAAAGACGGAGCACUCACAUACGUGUCGGCUUGGGAGAGGGACAUAGGUCCAGCGGCAGAACCAUCAGACUGGGCCGAUAUUUGGGAAGCCACAGCGACCAUCUCAAUAUGCGUUAACCAUAAAGAACAAGCUUACAAGACGCUCAUGAGGUGGUAUCUCACCCCCCUAAAACUCAAACAGAUGGGCAGGUCAGACAACGACUCAUGCUGGAAGGGCUGUGGACAGAAGGGAACGUACCUCCACAUGUGGUGGGAGUGUCCCCACACAGCGCAACUAUGGCGCCAAACAGCUACCAUGGUAUCACAGGUCCUACAUACAAACAUCCCACUGGACCCAUGGAUUUGGCUCCUGUCCAAACCCAUGGCAGGCACCCCAAGGGCCCAAAACAAACUCAUUGCCAAAAUUGCUCUGACCACGAGAAGAACAAUCGCAGAAAAAUGGGGAAGUCCGGACAUACCAACAAUAGACACAAUUAAACGGAAAAUCAAAGACACAAUAAAAAUGGACGAAAUGUCCGCCCUAAUUCACGACACAACCAAACACUUCAACAAGAUUUGGGACCCCUGGAUCUACGAAUUCCCAAUCCUUCCCUAAAUAUCAAACGGGGGAAACACCCCACAAGGUGAAGUAACACACGCUCUCACCGCAAGAGAUAGAGCCUCCCCACAACACUUCCCUAAAAGAACAGCCAAACCCAGCAAACACACAGCACACAAAUACCCCCUACAGAGGGAGACUAACUACUAACAACCGACACCUGAAAAUACACAAGAACCUGCAAUGGGCAUGCCCAUCUCAGGACCAAGAAAACAAAAGAGAGGGAAGGUGGACACGUGGAAAAGAUCACUUAGGGAACAGAACAAAUACCCACCCACCAACACAGGGAGCAGGGGGCGAACGACCUACCCCACAGGACACUCAGAGAAAUCACAACCCACUCCAGACCGAAACCCCUACACAAACCAACACUCACACGACUAAACGACACCACAGACGACCACACACAUACCACCCAAAGCGACACACAAGCCUGUAAGAGACGAAAAGACAGACAAUCACCACACACAUGCUCCCCGACCCAUACCUCUCCAUUCCCAUAGACACCACAGAGAAGUGCUGCGACCCAACAAUCAAACACAACCAAUACGCACACUCACAUAACCGAAAGGUUCACGACAAACCGGACCCAAAACUUAGCAAGAGGAUACUGUACUAGCUUAACGACAAAAAGGCAACACAAUAGGGUAUCCUACCCCCUUCCCCUCCUUUUUUCUGUACCAGCCCCAAUCAGUAGACAACCGAACCACCACACAGAACAAAAGGAAGCACUAGGUAAAGAAGCAAAGAACGCAAACACCUAGAAAGAAUGUGGUAACCAAAAGAAAAUGAAACAGGUUGGACUAGAAAAGCAAAUAGAGUAUGACUCAUAUUGUAACUGUCUACUCCCUAUUUCUCUUCUGUAUCCUUACCCCAAAAUUCUUCACAAAUAAAAAAUUUAUAAAAAAAAAAAAAAUCAAUAAAAUACUGAACAUGGUCUCUAUUUGAACCGUGGAGCUUAUUCCCCUCAUCCAGAUGAAUGAUUCCACUGAACAAUGUUCUUGUAGGAUCUAUAGAACCGAACGCAGGCAAUGAUGGAAGUCCAGUGGUGUUCGGUAGUUUGUGUCCGUUUUUUAGUUCCAUGAACUCGACGACUAAACACUGCGUUCAUGGCCGCCACCUCGUGGUUGUUCACACGAAUUGAGAACCGUUCCAAGGUGUUAAUAGGGGUUAACAAGCUCCCGGGUGGUCCCUGGUUCGUGCGGUUGUUCGGUUCCCGAACGGUAUAGGGAAAUUACAUGAACCAAAACAGUUAAACAGUCUUUUACAGGUUUCCCUGCAGGGCCCAUAGUCUGUGGGCAGGAGGCUGGCAAGCAGGCUCCUCCAGGAGCUUGAGGCAAACUCUCCUGGGAAGGUGAGUUUGUCACAUCUCUCACUUCCGACAACCAUCACCAGUGACGCCUGCAGGGUAUUGGCUUUGUGGUCUCAUAUCCAGUGCUGUACAAUCACCCCAGCCCCCAAAUUCUACAAAGUCACCAGAUGGUGGCAGUGUCGCUUUAAACUAAAGUUGCUAUGAUGCAGAUAGUAUACAUUUAAAAUAUCCCUUAAAGGUUGUGUCAUCAAGCAGUAGACUUGGUGUUCUUCUCAAAUCUGUUUGUCUUUCACGAAUUAGGGAAUGACAUAUAUGAACAUGUUUCUCUGGGCUUUUGGGUGGCAGCAAUAAGCAACUGUUCCUAUCAUGUUUAUUAUGUUGCUCAGCUGUGAAUACAUUUAUCAUUAUGACAUCACACAGUAAUUGGUGGUCUGGACGUGUGUUUCAUAACAAUGAAGAUGCCUGAAAAGCUGAUACGUUUCCAUGUAAUAAAUCAAAAGUUAAAGAUGCUCUAUCAUCUGUCUAAAAUAAUAAUCCCAAAAUAAUCAUAUAAUAAAUGUAGCUGUAAUUUCCACUUAAAGAUCUGAGUUUUCCACUCUCUCCUCUUGUUCCUUUUCUAGCUUACUAGUUCUCUUACCCCUAUCUUCUUACCCUCUUACCACUCCAUCAGCACGGACGGGUAUAUCCUUCCCUCAUUGCUAGGCAGUUUUGGAGGAACUACAAUUCCUUUGCACCUCCUUACCUUCAGUUAGUACCCAGGCACCAAAAUCUUAAACUUAUACACCAACGAAAACACAUACCCACCCUGCUGCCGUGCUUAUACCAUAAAGAAAGAUGCAAUCCUAUCAACACGCUAUGUGACUGUAGGAAUUAUCCUAAACAGAAUAUUUCCCUAGAUGUACAAAUAGUUCUCUUAUUGUUACUGCCUAAUUUUAAUGAUGGAAUAACUGCCCCUAAUGUCCUUUCUUUAUUCUGUACCCUACUACCUACCUACCAAACGUUGAAAUUUACAUAAAUAAAGAAUUUAUAAAAAAUAAAAAAACUGACCGUUUUCCAUUUUGGACCCGGCCAUCAUGUAACUGCAUUAUAUAUUUUUUUUGGCACAUGUCAGCUGCUGGGAAAGAAGCUGGUGAGAACUUGUGAUUCUAUUAGCCACUCAGAAUAUGGUACUUUAAUAGUGAAAGGAUCAGUUUGGGCACCAUAACAACUUCACCAAAAUUAAGUUAUGGAGCCAGGAGGUCCCUGGUGCUAGCUCACCUUAAUAGUUAAACCAUUCUCUAAUCUUCUGUCCUUCUGUUUAACACCUUAGAGUGGGCCUCCUGGCAACAUAACUUCAUUUUGAUAAAGUUGUUAUGGUGCCCAGAGUGUUCCUUUAAGCUCCUUUAUCUCACACCCUUCUACCUCCAUGCACCUAGUUACCAAAGGAUGUCUGAGUAGACUAAAACCCUUUUGGCUAUAAACUUCUAAUUUGAUACGGUUUUAAAAAUGAACAUGUGGCACAGUUUUUAGGAUCCUACACAAUGGUGUGCCUGGGCUUGUGUUUCAGAUUUAUUUCUCUACUUACUCCACUAUACCGUUUUAGAACUAGUACUGAAACCACGUCUUAUUUUUCCACAUAUAUGGAGGGUCUUAAAAUCUUUUUUUUUUCUUCUUCUAAUAUAUAUGUGUAAAACUAUAAAAAGAGAAUAUGGAUUCGACAUUGUACAUUGUACAUUGUUUUCUGUAAUCAUUAAAUUAUGCACACUAUUGUGGUUUUACUGUUUAUUUGAAAACAAAAUGUAUUAAUUUAUCAGUGGGGGGGGGAGGGGCGGUGUUGGAGGGUAAAGAGGCAGGGCCAGAUUAACAGCCCAGUGGGCCUGGUGCUGACAAUUAUGACGGGCCUAAUUAAAGAAUCAUAUCGACCAAAAACACUAAAACACUCCCAAGCGUCAUGUAUCUGAUGGAGAUGGUGCUGGAGAGAAAGAAAACAGCAGCUAUAAGAAAAAACACAUACCCUAUGCUAAUCUCCCUCUAACUUAUGUUUCCAUCUUUCAAGUAAAUCCAUAACCCCUAACAGCACUGUCCAGACAAGCAGGAAGUCAAUGGGCACGGUAAAAGGCUGUGCCACGGACACAAAUCAAGUAACCUGCCAAAAGGGGCAAACAUGCCCAAAAAGAGGACAUGUCUGCCCAAAGAAUUUGAAGGCCAGCCUGGCAUGAAUGCAUGUCAGGCUGCCUGCCAAUCAUGCAGCUGGCCAACUAAGGGCAUACUAUGCAGACAGCACCCUGAGCUAGGCAUAAAUGCAUCUAAUGAUGUGCUCGCUCAACGCUUUCUAAAGGACUGUCCCCUAGCACUCGCUGGUCCACUUGUCUCCUUACCUUCUUACUAGCAGGCACACGCUCCUGGUAUAUAGUCUGGGACAGAGAAAAGCUGUAUGUAGUGAGUGUAGAAGAAUGGGAACAUGCCACAGUGUUAGAGAGACCAAAGUCAGCAUUACCUUAAAGGAUCACUAUAGGGUCAGAAACACAAACAUGAAUUCCUGACCCUAUAGUGUUAACACCACCAUCUAACAACCCCUGGGCCCCUCAUGCCUCCAUAAAUAUAGUACAAAUCUUACUGUAUUCAAGCCUGAAGCUGUAUCUCUGCAUGCUGUUUGACUCAGAAAAACAAGCAGUGUGCUGACAUCAUUAGAAGUGGUGGCCUGAUCCAAUCACAGUGCUUCCCCAUAGGAUUGACUGAGACUGACAAAACGGCAGAUCAGGAGCAGAGCCAGCAUGAUUCAAACACAGCCCUGGCCAAUGAGCAUCUCCUCAUAGAGAUGAAUUGAAUAAAUGAAUCUCUAUGAGGAAAGUUCAAUGUCUGCAUGCAGAUUGAGGAGACACUGAAUGUUUGGAUGCAUUUUAGGCAGCCAUUACCCAGAAAGGAUCUCUAACAGCCAUCCAAGGAGUGGCCAGUGAAGUUAUCACGAGGCUGUACUGUAAGGACUGCAUUUUCUCUGAAAAUACAGUGUUUACAGCAAAAAGCCUGAAGGUAAUGAUUCUACUAACCAGAACAUAUUCAAUAAGCUGUAGUUGUUCUUGUGACUAUAGUGUCCCUUUAACUAUAUUCAUUGUCAGCCAGUCCACACAAGUUUUGUUCCCAUACAUCCCUCUUAAAGGACCACACUAGGCACCCAGACCACUUAAUGAAGUGGUCUGGGUGCCAGGUCCAGCUAGGGUUAACCCAUUCUUUUAUAAACAUAGCAGUUUCAGAGAAACUGCUAUGUUUAUGAAUGGGUUAAGCCUUCCCCCAAAGCCUCUAGCGGCUGUCUCAUUGACAGCCGCUAGAGGUGCUUGCGUGCUUCUUACUGUGAUUUUCACAGUGAGAGCACGCCAGCGUCCAUAGGAAAGCAUUGCAAAUGCUUUCCUAUGCGACCGUCUGAAAGCGCACUCAGCUCUUGCCGCGCGUGCGCAUUCAGCCGACGGGGAGGAACGGAGGAGGAGAGCUCCCCGCCCAGGGCUGGAAAAAGGUAAGUUUUUACCCCUUUUCCCCCUUCCAGAGCCACUAGGACACUAGGAAGACGGGGAGACCUGGGGACACGGGGAGAUCUAGGGACACAGAGACACCAGUGACACUGGGAAACUAGGGGACACUGGCUGGGACACAUGGGGACACUGGGAAAAUAGGGGACACUUGAAGACAUGGGGACACAGACACUAGAGACACUGGCUGGGGGACAGGGGGACAUUGAGACAUGGGGGCACAGGGAGACAUGGGGACACUGAGACACCACGGCCACAGACAUUAGGGACACUAGCGUGGAGACAUGGGGACAUUGAGACACUUGAGGCACUGGGAGACAUGGAGGCACUAGAAGACAUGGGGACAGUGAGACACUGGGAGACUAGGGGUCACUGAGACACCAGGGAUACUGGCAGGGAAACAUGGGGACACUGUCUGCCAUAAUGUCCCUUAGUGUCCCCAUGUCUCCUUGCAGCUUUCCCCCCAUCCCUUACUUCCCUGAGCUGUAGGCUGUCUCUGCAGGGUGGGAGAAGCUGUCUGGACUCUCUUUAGCUGCAUCCCUGCAGAUCAGUGAGUAGAGAGAGGCAGGGAGGGAUAUGCUGGAACUUCCUAUCCCUGCCUGUCUCCACACACAGCGACCCCUACUGGCCAGUGCUGGUAUUGCAUAGUAAUCUCUUGUUUAUACUGAGAAAAAUACCAGCAUUUGUAUUGCCAAUAUCACCAGCCAGGCAGCCACAAAUACUGGCUGUGCCAAUAAAAUAAAAGCGUAAGAGUAGUGUGUGAAUUUUUUUUUUUUUUUUUAAAUCAAUGGGCCUAUUCCAUGGGCCUGGGCCUGGAGCUGCAGCUCCAUCAGCCCCUAUGUUAAUCCGGCCCUGUAAAGAGGCCAUGCUUACCCACACCAGGUGGAAAAUAGAGAGAACAAUGAGCCAGAAGUACUAGAUUGGGAGGGAAGGUCUCUAUACAGAGUGACCAUAAUUUUAGGUAAGACUCUUGAGUAUCCUUAAAGGGACACUGUAGUCAUCAGAACAACUACAGCUUCUUGUAAUUUUUCUGAUGGUUAUAGUCCGUUUUGGCAGGCCUUUUGCAGUAAACACUGUGGGGUUUUCAGAGAAAAGGCAGUGUUUACAGUACAGCCUAGGUCUCCACCCUCCGCAUGGAGACACUGAACUUUCCUCAGAGAUGCAUUGAUUCAAUGCAUAUCUAGGAGGAGAUAUGGAUUGACCAGGGUGGCAUUUGGCUUUUUUCCCUGCCGCACCCCCAUGGCAAUCUCAGCCAAUCCAAUGCUUCCCUAUUUGAAAGGUUUGAGAUUGGCUUGGAUCAUCACUUCUGAUGAUGUCGAUCAGGGGCAGAGCCAGCAGCCGCCGACUGGAAUUUUACUAUAUUUAAGAGGAUAAGGGGGGUAGAUGGUAUUUUUUAAUCUAAAGUGUCAGGAAUACAUAUGUGUUCCUGGCCCUAUAGUGUUCCUUUAAUGGAUGUGGUAAGUUUCAGCUAAAAGUAUGCAAGGACAUUUAUUUUCCAAUGAAAAGAUGCAAGGCUCAAAGUUUCUGGUUUAGCACGCCAGAUUUUAUGUGAAACCCUUAGGUUUGCUUAAAUUGUUGAAGAAGGGCUUGAAGAUUGGACAAGAUUUUUUUGUUUUGUUUUGUGUUUUGUUUUUUCUUCCUGAAUAAACCAGAUUGGGGUGAAGGAUUUAGUCUCAUUGAGAGAACUUCAGCAUAUUACUUGAUAAGUUACGUUAGAUAAAAUUGGGCAACGAUUGACUCUUUGCUUUCUUUUGAAAUUACUACUGCCUGACCUCUGCAUAUUCUGGAAAGGGGUAAGAUUUCCAGUCAGAAAUGUGUUAAUCUGCGGGAUGCAUAAACUGUUUACAGCAUCAUAGAAUUUCUCAUAAGUCAGCAAGUGCUGGGUCACGAAUUCCUUCUCUCUCUGGUACAAAUAGUCCUAAUCAUCCAUUCCGUGCGGAUACUAUUCAGUCUAAAAGCAAAGAUUGUAUCCAUUUUGUUGGCUGUGCAAUAGACAAUAAGACAUUUUGUCAACAAUGGUAAUUUGUCAUUGAGAUGAAUGUUAACUUGUCCCCUUACUCCAACUAAGUCUUGGAGCAUAUUGGGAUCUACCACCAGUUUAUACAGAGGACCUGGUCUGAGGGAAAGUGGAACCAGCACACUGAUCACUAAUGUAUUGCGAGAAGAGCAUGAAAUCUGAUCGCACAAGAGAAGGAAGAAUUUGAGUACAGGAAUAUGGGUAUAAAGUAAUAAGGGAAAUGAUCAGUUUAUACAUGCAUUAAGCAAUAGUAGCAAAGAAUGCAAAAAGAGAAUAUUUUGUCCCUCCAUAACAAUUUUACAAAAAUAGAUGGUAAGGUGUCAAAUUCAAGAAGAAGCUCACACAGUGAGAAGAGAGAGCAAAAGGAAAAUAAAUAAUAUAACAUAUACAUGUAAUCACAGUGACAUAGUCAUUGUAAGUAAGUUAGCUUAGUUAUCCUUAGACAGCAACAAGUAUGAUUAUAAUCUUAGUAGGUAAAUUUGUGCAAAGCACAAGGAUCUUGGUUCAAAUGCUCUGCAUGAGGACAUCCAGCGUUUGUAAAAUCCCCGUAGGAAAGCUUGAGCAAUGCACACUAGUCCGCACCCCUCUGAGGAGGCAGAACAUCAACCCCACACCAUGUGACAUUGGCACUGCAAUCAGGAAAGUGACUAAAUGGUUUUUAUGUGUGUUUUUUUUUUUUUUUUUCUUUAACCCUUUAGCUACUAUGUGGUGUGAGAGAGGGGGGACCAGAGGGCUCUAUAGUGUUAGGAAUACAGAUUUGCAUUCCUAACACUAUAGAAUCCCUUUAACCUCUCCACUUCAAGGGAUACUCAGAGUCCUGGUACUUAAAUUGCAAAAAUACAUCUUUUAAAUGGUCUUUUUCCAAAAAUCAAUCAUCCACAAUAAAGAUGUUUGAGAGAUGGAGCUAUAGGGGAAAAGAUGGCAUCUGGCAUCAUUCAAACAAUUAAAUAACAAAUAUGCCCAGCAGGAAGCAAUACUGCGAUAUUGCUAUUAAAUGCAUAUGCAGCAUUUAAAAAAUAUGUACAUUGUGACAACUCAUUCACUUUAUAGAAAAGGAAAAAAAAGGCCCACUUGUGCAUCUGUUUAUCAAUUGAAUGAGACGUGUGUUACACCAUACAUGCUUGUAUGCUCAGUAAUUCCCUGAUAGAAAUAGAGACUGGGAAUGUCAGAUGUAUUUUCUGUUCUGUUCUUUCCCCAUGAUUACAAAUAGAUAAUAUAGGAAUAUAUCUAAUUUUUCUUGUGACUCGAGUGUCUCCAUUUCUUUCUUUCUAAGUUUCAUUCGUUAUUUCCUUCCUCUUUAAUUUUGGUUUAGAUCUUGGAAAUCAAUUCUAUUUAUUGUGUGUUUUUGUUUUUCCCAAACUGUAAUCUAUUCCAUGUGUCUGGCUGCUCUGCUUUCCAUUCCAUGGCUUUUCAAAGACGCUGGCCGCACUGUGUUCUUUUGCAGCCCUUCCUAUCUGCUCCCCAUUAGUCUAUAAUGAAAUCCUCAAAAUUCUUGGGUUAUGGUGACAGUGUAGUAUGAGCGAAGAGCAAUUACAAUUCUCUGUAAAAUAGGCAUAGUCGUUUUAAAUUGCUGUGGGAGAGCUAGUAGGACCUCUACAUGUGACUGUCAGUAGGCGCGUGUAAGAUGUGAUGAUGAGCGAGAAGUCUGAUAGAGACAGGAAUAUUAGAUAUUUUUAUUAACCACUUGUGAGAUGGAGAAAAAGGGAAUUGUGUGUGAUUAUAUAUAGAUGUCUGUGCUAUAGUGCAACAAUACUUCACACAUUUUGUAAACAAUGAUGACUGAAAUUGGAACUUUUUUCUUUUUUAGUUUUGUGUUGCCUACGUAUGAAAUAGCAGUCUUGCUGCGUGUGUAGAAUAUGUUUACAAAUAUGUAUGUAUAAUGUGUGCAUAAAAUUUUGUGCAAAUUGAAGUAAAGCUAAAUGCUUUGUUGAGAACAAGAAAGACAAACUGCUGGAGGAAAUCCAUAUUCCGUCGUUUUUCUGAAUUACAAAAAAUAAAUGUCCUUUGUUCUAUCAGUCUUAACUGCAGUGUUACGAUGUUGGUUUGAAAACCUGAAUUUUGUAUUGAAUAUCAGUUAGUCGGUUACUUGACAGGUUUUAUCAAAAUAAUUUAGAUACAUUGUUAGAAUAAGUAGUCCCCUGCCUUCUGUCAUUCAGGGAGGUCUGAGUGAGACCAUAGAGGAUGUGACUUCCCUUAGUAGUGUGUCAUUCAGCAGCACACAUAUGGGAUAGCGCCGUUACCCUGGUAAGAGACAUGGCGUAAUAAGCAGUCUCUCCUUUCAUGCAACCAUAUAACUCAGAAAUAAAUUUUACCAUUCCAUGCACAAGUGGACCUAUUGACACUCUUAUUUUAUUCAACUGAAUUCCUUUCAGUUUGAUUGAUAGAAGAAUUCACUGUAUUCUCUAUUGAUUUUAUUGAUACAUUGGACUGUAUGUUUCCCUACUCCUGUCUAAUGGAUUUCAUUGCUGCAGUAUAACAAUAACUGAAUGACAACAGAAUGUUCUUAGUAUUAGAAAAAAAUGGACGCAGCUAAGAUAAAAGUACGGUCUUAUUUGGCUUUUGCUACAGAGUAAGAAUGACCAGGGUUACAGACUUGCUAACUGUCCCAUAUCCAGCAGGUCCUGUCCUCCCAUCCUGGGUUUGCAUCUUUGUGUCCCUCUUCUUGGAACUGUCCCCCAGAAGUGGUAAUACAAUCAUUUUUAGACCUAUUCAUUCUGCGCUAAAGGCACUAGGACCUUGCAGCGGGUGCAGUAACAUCACUCUGCAUGGUUAGCCCUUAAUGGAACUGGCUUAAGUGAUUUGCAGUAAGCCAUGCUUGUGUUCCUACUACCUGACCUGCCUACUUUUUCAAUUUGCCUUUCUCCUUUUAAGAAAGUUUGCCAAAAAUGCCAUUCACCUCAUUGGUUUGCCCCUUUUUGGUCUGUCCAUAGGUAUCCCCCUUUACAGGAAGCCAAAAUUGUGUAGUAUGGGGGGCAGCAUUAGUAGGUAUUAGGGUACGGGUGAAAAUCCGCUGAUCUGUCUUACUAAUAUGCUAAUUAAGGGAAUCCAGUUUUUGCAAAUAGCCAGAAUAUCAAAGGUACAUAAAGAUUUGUAUGACUUUAACAGGUAAUUUAAUGACCACUGAAUUGUUGUGCAGAUACAGUCAAGUUUGCUUUUUGUUAAAAGCCAAGUUUCACAUGGCAGAUUUUUGGAUGAAAUUGUCAAGCCUGGACAUCAGAAUGCCAUUCAGAUGCUGUUCAUCACAUAGUGAAUAGACUUCAAUCGGUUGGGAAAAAAACAAAAGUAUGUUUUGAAUCUUGAGCCUUUAUCACUGGGGCGCUAGACACAGUGUGGAUGAUAUAUAAAAUGUUAUUCUAAAGGAAGGUUCUAAAAGUGGUACAGUCGCCAUGGAAACGAGUGAAAUCUUCCUGCUGAUUCCACUAGUUCCCAUUAAGAUUACUGCACUCUUAGAACUUUGCUUUGCAAGUUAUGCUGGUGAAACAUUUCUACAUCUUGCCCAGUGUGCAGAAUAAUACAAUUUGUUUUCAUGUUUAACACUUACAGUGUAUUUCCAGAGUAACAGGUUUUCCAUUUCAAUGCCGGGGGAGGCAACCUUCAGCAUUAAAGAUGUUGUGGACCACAUCUUCCAUGAUGCUCUUUACAGCCGAAAUGCUGGCAAAGCAUCAGGUGAGAUGUAGUCCUUAACUCCUUGAGGUCCAAAGAUUGCUUACCCCCCUGGUAUGUGCCAUAAAUAAUACCUCUGUGUUCCCUAUCUCGGCUAGGCAGUGGAUGUCCAGGUCCAUUCUAAAUUUAUCUGACCCAACUUAAUGGCUAAGUCCAAUCCUUUUUUUAAGCGUAACCAUGUGUUUGGUUUAGCAUGCCCUAUUGGGCAUUGCUAAUUAGACACCUCUCCCUCAGACAAAGCUCCUGUGCUGCUCUCCACUUCGCAGUCUGACGUGUAAAUAUCUGUUUCUGCAUACCUGCACAUGCAGACUUCUACCGUCAUGACCACUUUCAAAAGCAGAAGUAGUCAUGGUGGUUGGAGAAGCCCUUUAAUAAACACGUAUCAAUGGAUGUCAUGUCUUUUUCCUUUAAAACAAUAAAUGUGAAAUUCAAUAUCCACAAUUGUUCUCAAAUUCGGUAGGUACCAUUUUAAAAGUGGCAAGCUGCAUGUUUAACAAUGCAGAUUAUGGACUGCACAAUUAAUAUAAAUAUUUUUCAUAAUUAAAGCUUGUUGAUUCAUGUAAACAAAAAAAAUCACAUUACCUUUUUGGAGUUGGGAAGUAUCUGAUCAUAGUGAUGAUGGAUUUGUUGUUCCCUCAGUUUAGUUUAAUAGGUUACACUGAAAAUGCCCCUGGUCCCUGCCUGACUUUUGUCUAUGGCUGACCGGGAAUAAAACUUUCAUGCUUCUAAUUUUAACACUGUGAGUUUUUGCAUAGAUGAGCACAGUUAAAGAUAGCCAUGGUUAUAAUCUAGAGAGAAAUGGGAAUCUUGAUCAUUCUCAACUCACUUUCAAAGCAACACUAUAAUGUCAGGAAUUCAAACCAUGUACUGUAUUUCUGACAUUAUAGUGCUGGUGUGACUGUUUAGGUCUCCAGCCCCGCUUAGAUUGCGAUGAAAAGGUGAAUUUGCUCAUAUUGUUCCCACGCCACGCAGGUCUAACCAUGUCUGGCUCUGCCUCCAUGGCUGAUAUCAUUAAAGGACCACUAUAGGCACCCAGACCACUUCAGCUCAAUGAAGUGGUCUGGGUGCCAGGUCCCUCUAGUUUUAACCCUGCAGCUGAAAACAGAGAAACUGGUAUGUUUACACUGAGGGUUAAUCCAGCCUCUAGUGGCUGUCUCACUGACAGCCACUAGAGGCCACUUCUGCGAUUCUCACUGUGAAAAUCAAGGUGAGAAGACGUUGACGUCCAUAGGAAAGCAUUGAGUAAUGGAGUAGGAGAGUUCCCCAGCGCCGAGGGAGGCCGGCACUGGAGAAAGGUAAGUGGCUGAAGGGGUUUUAACCCCUUCAGCCCAGCGGGAGGGGGGCCAUGAGGGUGGGGGGGACCUAAUGACCCUAUGGAGCCAGGAAAACAAGUUUUUUUAUUUAUUUAUUUAUUUAUUUAUUUUUUUGGCACUAUAGUGGUCCUUUAACCUUACUGAUCAGACACUAAGCAACAAACAGCAAAAAGCCACACUGUGACAAUCCGCAUCUCCUCGUAGAGAUGCUUUGAAUCAAUGUAUCUCUAUGGGGAAUGUUCAGUGCCACCAUGCAGAGCGUGGAGAUGCUGAAUUCCAGUGCUGCACAUUGUACAGCACUGGAUUAGGAAGCACCUGCAGUGGUCCUCUGAGUGAUUGCCACUAGAGGUGUUACUAGGCACCAAUAUAAACACAAUCUUGUUUCAGUGUUUACAUUAAACAGGCUAUAGACACCAGAAGCAUUACAUUAUGGUUCUGAUGACUAAAGUGUCCUUUUAAAUGGGGAGUUUAUUCACUAAAUAGCAAUACGUAGUGAUUUCAAAAACAUAUUGUGACAUUUAACUCAUAUAGCCAAACCACCAGCAAAUUUUGAAAUUCAGAUUACAGUUCACCAUUAUUCAGUGAAUAAGACCCCGUUAGUUAAAUGGUUUGUGCUGUUAUAAAGUUUUACUGAAAGUCGACUCUCAUUAGCAAUAAUCACAAGCACACUGGCACCCAGUGACAUUAUCAGGAUUAUUCACGGAAGUGUAAAUUCUAGUGCAUUCAAAGUAAAUGCCAAAUAUGCCAGAAUAGCCAAAUAUGAAAUUUUAUUUUACAAGUCAAUUUUGUUCUCAGUUCAACUGUUUUGGCCUGAAUUUACUUUUAGUUCACACUUUAAUCACCCUGUGUGCAUUUUUGUUAGUGAGCGCGUAACCUGGAUACCGUAAUCACUACAGCCCAUUGUAUUACUGAUGCUGUCUUUACUGUUGAGCAUGGACCAGGUACACAUAGCUUGACUCAACACUCAUUGGAUUGUUGAAGUGGAAUUUACACCUCUACAUUAGCAGUGUCUGUUUCGGAUGGGUUUGGUAGUAUGAACGGAAUUGAUUGGUUGAGAGUAUUAGAUGGCAUCCAAUCAAUGCUGUCCAAAUCUGAACGCAAAUUACAUAAUUUCGACAUUAACAUUAUGGCGAGCAAUGGACCAUCUGCUGGACCCAUAGUUUUGUGUCAAACCGCUCAAAGUUGUAGGGAGCAGCAGUAGCCUUUUAGCACCAUAACCUCUACAACUGGCUGUAGUUGAUAUGGUGCUCUGUGUCUGUUUCACCACACCCACCUUGGGAUGUGGAUGGUAUGGGAACAGAAAAUUAUCUGCAUUUAAUGUUUGAAAUCCUUGAGUCAGUUAAAUAUAAUGAGCAAUGCUUUUUACAUGUUUAUAUUAUUACUAAUGUGUGAUCUCUUGUUUGUGAUGCCAUUGCAGUCUGCAAAAAUUGGAACAAAAGCUUAAAAUAUAAUGUGGUUAUUUACAUUUUGCUAUUUUCUGCUUGACUGCUAGCCAGUCACUUAUGUCUUUAUUAUUAUUGUGCAAAAUACAAUAAAAUAGCAUCCAAUUGUGAAUCAUCGGAAAGAGUUCCACAAUCCAUCUAUCUAUUUGUGGAAAAUACACAUUUAUAAGUUACAAGACACAUUUUUAAGCUUGCUAAAGGGACAAUUGCUUUAGGAAAUAACUGCAUGUCGCCUCAGGCUUAUUUUAUAAAAAUGUGAUGUCAAGAGUAUCAGUCACUUUUAGAAUGACCUUAGUAGCGCCUCCUUUGUAUCAUUGAGACAGCCUGGAGCAUUUCCUGCCUCACUAGCUUUGACUUUUUAUUUGAAGUGGAAGCGAGUGCUUCCUUGUGAGACCACUGCUGAUUGUCAUGCAUGCACCUUAUGUAACCAGUGCUGGUCUCUGAGAAGCAUUGAGUUGGAGCAGAUAUCAUCAGUAUAGGUGCUCCAGGGUGUGUGUUUGUGUUAUGUAAUGUUAGAUAUAGGGCUCAAUUUAACAUUCUGGUGCUUGCUUACAAGUCUCUACAUAAUGCUGCUCCAACCUACCUAUCCUCCAUAAUACACAAGUAUGUCCCGUCGAGGCCCCUACGCUAAUGCUCGCCUCUACGAUUUCUCUAGGGCUGCACCUCUUCUGUGUAACUCCCUUCCCUUCUCGGUAAGACUUUCACCCAGUCUCCACUCAUUCAAAAAAAUCUUUGAAAACGCACUUCUUCAAGAAAGCAUAUCAAUUAAACUGUUUUUUAUCCCCCACCCCCAUGACUCUUUUCCUGCAACUGUCAAAAAUUACCUACUAAGCCCUCAGUGAAAACUUUUCUAACAACCUACUUCGUACCCCUAAUUUUACCCUUUACCCUUUGUGUUACUAUACUCCACUCCCUCUAGAAUGUAAGCUCAUUGAACAGGGCCCUCCAGUUGUCUGGUUACAAUUACAUAUCUGUUAGUCCACCCACUGUACAGCGCUACAGAAUCUGAUGGUGCUAUAUAAAUAAUAAUAAUAAUGUAAAUUGUGUGUGUGUGUGUGUUAGUUAUGUAAUGUAGAUUGAGUUAACCGUAUUAAUCCAGUAGACAAGACACCAAAAUAUCAGAGUAUUGCAGAUGCAAUUAUACCUUUUUUAAUUGGACUAACGUAAUACUUAAAAGUCAAUCUUUUAAGAGUUUUUCUCUUCCUCAGGACUGAAGCAAUACAAAUUCACCUUUGGAUUAAUUUAUAUAAAUAAAGGAAACAUUUGUACAAAUGCCUUGAGCAUGCCUCAAUUAGUUAUGUGUGUAUAUUUAAUUUUCUUUUCUUAAUUAUUUAUUUUUAUAAUUAUUUUCACAAGAUCCUUAAAUGGCCAUUGCUUCAGACAUGAGGAAGAGAGGAAAACUCUGGAAAGCUUGACUUUUAAGUAUUAUGUUAGUCCAAUAAAAAGAUAUAGGCACCCCGUUGAUGCUCUCAGCAGAAGUGAUUGAGGCGCACUCGAGAAAUUUGUAGAACAUUUUUCUUCUUUAGUUAAUCCAAAUAUGAAUUUACUGUCAACGUUUCAGUCGCAAUCAAACCAAGACUGAAACGUCAGUGAAUUCACCUUUGGAUUAAAGAAGAAACAGUUUCUACAAAUUCCUUGAGUGUGUCUCAAUCAGUUUUGUGUGUAUAUAUAAUAUUUCAUUGAAAAUAUAUAUAUAUAUAUAUAUAUAUAUAUAUAUAUAUAUAUAUAUAUAUAUAUACAUACAUACACACUAUAUUUAAGAGAUUUGGCAAAAAGGUUGUUUUCUCACUGCUGCUCUCAAUGUUAUAAUAAAACUCUAUGUUUAACUGUGCAUUGUGAGAUACUAUGCUGUGUAUUACAUUGUAGAAUUAAAAGGACACUAUAACACCAAAACAGCUCUAGCUUAAAGGGACACUCCAGACACCCAGACCACUUCUGCCCAUUGGAGUGGUCUCGGUGCCAACUCCCACUACUCUUAAACCUGCAAGUGUAAUUAUUGCAGUUUUUAAUAAACUGCAAUAUUUACCUUGCAGUGUUAACUCCACCUCUAGUGGCUGUCUACUAUACAGCCACUAGAGGGCACUUCCUCCUUCAUAGCACAGAAAACCUGUGCUUGAGCGUCGCUGGACGUCCUCACGCUGUGUGAGGACUUCCAGCGUCGCUCAAUUCCCCAUAGAAAAGCAUUGAAAAGCAUUUUCAAUACUUUCCUAUAGAGGGAGCUCUAAUGUGCAUGCGCCCCCCCUCCCUUUCUUUGAUGUCUGCAGGGACAGGCUAUACACACCAGAAUAACUACAUUAAAGGGAUACUUACUUCUGCUCCUUCCCCCCACCGGCAUUGUAAUGGUUAAUAAAUCAGACGGGGAGGCACUAAUGCACAUAUUAAACCAAUGCUUUCCUAUAGGGAUUUUACUGCUGCUGGGUGUCCUCGUGCAGAGCGUAAUAACGUCCAGCGUUAGGUGCCCAAAAAUCACCUAGCAAGCAGGAAGUGCUACUAGUGGCUGUCUGAAGGCCACUAGAGGCAGUUUUAGUCCUGUAAUGUAAUUAUGUCAGUUUCUCAGAAGCAUUGCAGGGUUAAAGGGAUAAGGACACAACACCCAGACCACUUAAAUGAGGUGAAGUUGUCUGGGCAUCUAUAGUGUCCCUUUAAGCUGAGGUUGUUCUGGUGACUAUAGUGUCCCUUUAAAGUUCAAUUUAUAGAGCAGGAGAUAAACAUCUGGCAUCAGUUAACAUCUCUUAUUGAAAAUUAAACCAUUUUGUUUUAAUGCAGGCUGUGUGAGUCACAGCCAGGGGAGGUAAAACAGAAAAAAAGUGAUUUAUCUCCUAAAUGGCCGAAAAUUGAGCAGUGAGACUGCAGUGGUAUGAUGUAUACACAACUGCUUCAUUAAGCUACGGUAGUUUUGGUGACUAGUGUUUCUUUAAAUUAAGUGUUAGACUGAAAUUUUUAUUGUUUGCCAGGCAUCGCCCAAAGCUAUUGCAGGCUUUUUUACAGAAUCAUCAGAGCAUUCAGUCAUAGACAGUGUCAGAUCUUUGAGGGGCUUCCCCACAACUUCAAGCCUAUUAACCAUUUGCAUAAAUGUAUUUAUUUAUUUAUACAUCAUAUGUAGGCAGUAAUGAAGGUUAUAUACCAUCACGCAUUCCAAACUGUAUUAUUGCAGUAUAAUGGAUGUGUAUAUCCUUCACUAACCAUGUUCGUUUGGAAAUACACAAUGACCAGAAGUAUUUCUUUAGUCAUUGUUUGCACUAUUUACAUUUGACUUUUUACAAAACUGCUGUAGUCAUAGCAAAUGUAGUUUCCACAAAACAUUUUGUUGUAGGGUGUGCACAUUUAUAUUGGGAAGGCUUUGACAAUUUAAUUUUGAAGAAGUGUGUGUGUGUGUGUGUGUAUAUGUGUGUGUAUAUAUAUGUGUAUAUAUAUAUAUAUAUAUAUAUAUAUAUAUAUAUAUAUAUAUAUAUAUAUAUAUAUAUAUAUAUAUAUAUAUAUAUAUAAAAUUAGAAAUGGUCUGGCCAUUGUUAAUAUAAUGAGAAUGAUUUGCGCGACAUCAAUGUAACCUGGCAGCCAAGGAGAGUGGAAUGGAAUCCACAUGCGUUAACAAUGACGACUUUAUUGUACUAGUCAGUGUGGGCACUAGAUACCGUUGGGUGAGCAUGUGUACUCUAUGGCUGUUGCAUUCAAAAUGACUGAACGAGUAGAGCAAAGAAUCUGCAUCAAAAUUUUCUUGAAACUUCCUCCGCAAAAACUAAUUGGAUGAUUCAGAAGGCUUUUGGGGAUGAUGCAAUAAGUGUGGCACAAAUGCUUCAAAGAUGGUGGUGAAUCUAGUGCCCUGCGACUGACUUUUCCCAAAACUAAAUUCACCUGUGAGAGGAAAGAGGUUUCAGACAGUCAAUGAGAUUCAGGUAAAACCAAAAAGGCAACUGAUGAUUCUAACAGGAUUUUGCACAGUGUUUUGAACAGUGGAAGACACUGUUAGAACUGUGAGGUCCCAUGGUGCCUACUUUGAAGGGGACUAAGCCAUCAUUGUCCUAUGCACAAUGUUUAUUGUAUCUUCUUAAAUAAAUGUCUACUUUCUGGACAGACCUGUGUGGGUGUGGAUAUAGAGAUAUUAUAUUAUUAUUAUUUUUUUUAACUUCAAUAUUGUAGAUUAAUGAAAUAGCUCUGGAACAAUAAUCUUGCAAUUCAGUUCAAGAUUAAAACACCCUGUAGGGGAUAAAUAUUUGGCAUUGUUACAGGAUUCACUUAAAGCGGUACUGUCAUGCCGAACUUGGCUCACUCAGGAUCUGUUCUUAUUUUCUUCCUAACUGAUCUAGUUUUCUUCAAGUGUUUAACUAGGCAUGUGCGGGAAUUUCAUAGUGCUAUCUAGUGUGGGCAGAUUACGUGUCUCCCAUCCCCCCAACAGCAGCUCCCGAGGGGAGCAGAAUGCACGAGCCGCGCUCUCAUUCAAACAGUCCAUAUGAAAGCAUUUCUCAAUGCUUUCCUAUUGACGUUCUGCACGCUGGAUGCAAAUUUUGUAUCCAGCGUCGCAGAAGGACCUCUAGCGGCUGUCCGAAAGACAGCCACUAGAGGUUGGAUUAACCCUGCAAUGUAAACAUAGUAGUUUCUCUGAAACUGCUAUGUUUACAUCUGAAGGGUUAAAACCUGGGGGACCUGGCACCCAGAUCACUUCAUUGAGCUGAAGUGGUCUGGGUUACUAUAGUGUCCCUUUAAGAAGCUUUCUCUGCAAACAUAUUUUCUAUUAAAUGCCUGGAUCCACACUUCAUUCACUCUGACAUUUUUGGGCAUAUUUGUAUCCGGGGCAGACUGCGCACUCAGGCAAAUCGGUCAUGGACCGAGGGCCCGCGUCUCUUUGGGGCCUGUCCCUGCUGCAGUAAACAAGCUCCCCAGCCAGCCUGCACUCAGUAAGGGGCCCGCACAGCCUUCUGUGGGCCCCUGCUGCUAAAAAUCUUCUUUCCCUUGCAGGGCACACUGAGGGACUGCUAAGGGGCCUUCCCAAAGACCCCACUAGGCUGACCCUCAGUGUGCCUGUCUCAGUGUGAGUCGGCAAAGCUCCAGGAGCAGAGCCUCUGCCAGAAGAGUAACAGCCACACUGAGCAUGUAGGCUGUCAGUAACACUGCUCAGGGCAGCUCUGUGUGACUGGUUCUGAAGGAAGUAACAUCAUGCCAUGCGAAGCUGCCCUAUUCAGUGUUAAAAGCAGCAUGAGGCAUAUGAAGCAUCCCCCCUCCCACCCCCAGGAUAAAGAAUCCUCCCUCCCUGACAAAGGUAAGACUCAGGGAGGGGGAAAUAUAUAAAUAUUUGUAAAAAAAAAUUAAAAAAUUUCAGUAGAGCGUUGAUCAUAAGAGGGGUUUUAAUAGAUUCUCAAAUUCUUUCUAAUGUAAUAAGAAGUAUAGAGUUUAUUGAGGGAUAGCACAUUUCAAAAAUACUACAUUUUGACUAUUAAAGUGUAGUAGACUAUGCACAAUGCAAACAUUUGUGGCAUGUGACCAUGGAUUUCACCAAAAUACUAAUACAGAGCAGUUACACAUAAAAUAUAUUUUUUUAAAUGAGCGGAUUUAGAAGUGUGGUAUAAUCCCAUACUAAGCACGUGAGUUGCAGAAGUGAUGAAAAACAAUAUCAAAAGUAUCACUGAUUGCAAACAACGGAGGGAUCUGCACUGUCAUCACUUGUAGACCUCGGUGCACUGUAUCUAGGGCUGGCAAACCCCCGUUCCAUAUAAUGAAGACUAUGUAGUCCCGGCACUCAGGGUCUUUUUCAAACAGCAGUUUUAUUAGAGAAACAUGGCAAACACAACUUGAUAAAGAUCCGAGUUUUUCGAAACAUUGCUAUGUUUGCAGAGUUUUGCCAAUAAAACUACUGUUUGAAAAAGAUCCGGAGUGCCUGGACUACAUUGUUUUCUCAGGACAAUAUCCAGGCAUUGGUUACGGAUACUGCAAACACAAAAUCAGUUUAAUUUUGUUUUGUUGUUUUGUUAGAGGAAAAUCAGAGCAAUAUUUUAAUUAUUUAACAAGCAUAAAUAGAACAUGUAAUUGGUUUGAGAGGUAAAAUAUGACUUCUGAGUAUAUAGCAUGCAGUUCUAGCAGUAUGAAACAUGGAGGAGAAUCCUAAACAUUUGAUUCUACAGUAUACAUUAGUAAAAAUAACUAAUAAAUAGACCCAAGAUUGGCUUCCUAAAAUGUUUAUAUCUAAACAUUUAGCUGAACACUCCGUGCACCAUAAUCACUACAGUCCACUUUUGUUGGAGUGUGCUGCCCCUCUUAUCCAUACAUACACUGAAUACAGUUAAACCAUUUUUAAACAUUGGUGCAGAAUUUUGCCUUUUGGUUGAGUGAUCAGCAUGGCUUAGCUUAUGAGAACAGAAUUCUAUCAUUAGGUUCCAGAGCGUGGCAGCGGGGUGGCACUUGGCAUACCCCAAGCAAGAUGUCAAUCCAUUGUAAAAUGGUUUGACUACUUACAUUGGGGGUUUGCCAUGGAACUACUUGCUCCAUAACCACUACAGCAUGGUAUAGUGGUUAUGGUGCUUGGAGUAUUUCUUUAAAGGACAAAUAACCCAUCUUGGGGGGCUUCCGCAUUACAUGACACAGUUUUACUCAGUCAGUGCACCAGAUGCGCCUCUAGAAGUGGUCAUACCGAUAGCCACUAAGGGUGGACUUAGCCCUGCAAUGUAAGCAUUACAAUUUCUAAAUAAAAUAAACUGCAAUGUUUUACAGUCAGGGACACUGCACCCUUGAUUGCGAAGAAGUGGUUAUUCUGACUAUAGUGUCUAUUUAAGCUGCUGGAACCGUCUUUGGCCACAAAUUUGAAAUGCACACACAACUUGCCUGACCAGCUGUGACUUUUUUUUUUUCUUUCUAUUAAACAUACAAAAAUGUAAGUUUUCUGACACUUCUGAGCAAUGCAAAAUGUGUUCAUUUCUCAUUUUAACUACCUAAGCAAUACAAGAAUGUUUAGGAAUAUUUUUCUGCUUCUAUGGCAACAAAGCUGUCAUAUCAGUGGUACCCACCCCUAGUUUCACAUGUCUGCGGGCCUAGAAUAAAUUGAACUGAGGGAAAAUUGAAUGGGGAAAAUUUUCUGCUGUGAAUUAGGCAGUUAGAAUUAAUAUGCAUGUUCUUUCUAAUACUAUAAUUGGUUACAAAAGUGUCAAAUUCAAUAGACUAGGUGGAUCAGCACCUAUAAACUCCACACUAUGAACUGUUUUCGUGGGUGUUCGUUCUUCAGUGCAUGUUAAUUUUUUGUGUGUGUGUUUGCAAUCUUACCAGCAUUUGCUUCUGCUCAAUAUAUUGUUACAGAAAUAUACUUACUGCUUCAGACAGAUGAAUUAUUAUUCACUUUCAUGUUUUCUUUUUAUUUGUUCAUGGGAACAUUCGAGAUGAGCGGAUAUAUCUUCGAAAAUAAAUAGUUUUUAAUAGACCAUUGCAUUCAUGAUUUAAAAGAAUAUGUGGAAUGAACAUGAGCUUAUUCUACAGAACAAGUUAGCAGAAUCAAUUAGCGGUCAUUAUGGGCAGACUAGAUGAGCCAAUAGUUUUUUAUCUGGUGCCAGAAUCUUUCUGUGUGGUAUUAACCAUUUCUCAUAGAGUCCACAUGGGUUUAUUUCUUUUUUCUUUUUUUUUUUUUUUCAUUUCAUUAUUUUUUAUUAUUUUUCGAAAAUGUAUCACAAUAUACAAUAAAAGACUUACAUUUAAAAAUAUAAACAAAAAACAAUACAACAAUAAAUAUAUUCCGACAGUUCUAGCACUCUAAGAUACCAAAUUUUAAAUUUAUUACCCUCAAUUAUCACCUUAUUUAUAGAUUAGACGACAUACCAAAUUUAGUAUCUUUAGGACCUUUAGUAUAUUUAGGACCUUAAAUAGUUAUUCACGGUCUAUGACAAACCAUGUAAACCUAAAAACAUACAAACAUAAAGUCAUACUGUGCCGAGAUCUAUAAAUCCUGACAGAUUAGUGCCUUACUAUAGGGCUUGAUAUUUUCCCCUUUUCUUUUCCCUUUUCUCCUACUUUCUCUCUCUUCUUCUCCCCCCCUUUUUUUUUUUUAUUAUAAAAUAUACGCUAUAAAUAGCCAAAAAGACAGCUUUAUAUAGAGACGCAAAAUAUAGAAACAACCUUAUGAAAAUAUAGAACCAACCUUAUGAACAUACACAUGCGUUUAUUUCAACUCUAAAAGUUCAUGUUUACUUAAUGUUUGAGAAGGGUGAGCAGCAGCCGGGUCCUCUGGCAGAAUAAGAGUAGGCUCACUGAAUAGAUUCUAUAGAUAAGCAAAUACACUGUGCAUGCUAAAGUCAACUGCAUAGACUCACGUGUGCCUUAAAUUACGUCCUCUGUAAUCUGUUCUGCAAUGCUUUAUCCUCAGGAAGUGCGGAAGUUGCAGAGUAGGUAAAUGGCCUAUCUUGUGUCCAUAUGUCUACUUGGAACAUCUUGUGACAGCCGGUUAAAACUGCUGGCAUGGGCCACUGACUUGUAGGCCUUUUUGGAGCAGUUUAAAGCUUCCCCAAAUGCUCAUUCUGAGUCUUAACGAUGAGCUACCAAUAGAAAAUAUACCAAUUGAAAAAGUUAUAUAUAGUGAAAUAAUUAUAUAUACUGGGGGGGGGGGGAAACCUUUUUGAUACCUGAUGUUUUAUGAAUUGUGCUAAUGUGGAGUUAUUUAUGGAAUUAUUUUUUUAAAAUGUAUUUUAUUUUAUUUUACAGGAUUAUCUGGAAACCCAUCAGACCUGGAAAAGAGGCGACAAAUAUUUGGCAAAAACUUUAUUCCCCCAAAGAAAGCCAAAACCUUCCUGCAGCUGGUAUGGGAGGCACUGCAGGAUGUAACAUUAAUCAUUUUGGAAAUUGCAGCCAUAAUAUCAUUGGGUCUAUCCUUCUACCACCCAACUGGCGAAGGCAGUGAAUGUAAGUACUAGAAAGUUCUAACGUAACGUGGACAUUAGACUUGGAAAAGUUACAAUAUUCAUAAAUAAUGUCUUUCAGUAUUUAAAAAAAAAAAUUUUUGUCAUCAAAUUUAUCCUUUGCAUCAGUUGAGAACUUAAAAUCUUCCAUUACAUUGUUUUUUGUUUUUUUUUAAUACGUAGUAUACAGUUGCAAUAAAAAGUAUGUGAACCCUUUGGAAUGAUAUGGAUUUCUGCACAAAUUGGUCAUAAAAUGUGAUCUGGUCAUCAUCUAAGUCACAACAAUAGACAAUCACAGUCUGCUUAAACUAAUAACACACAAAGAAUGAAAUGUUGCUAUGUUUUUAUUGAACACACCAAAGGGUUCACAUACUUUUUGUUGCAACUGUAUGUUAAUAGUUGUAUGUGAUUCAGCUACAACCAUUGUUAUAAGGUGUAUAAAAUCAAGCCCACAAAAUAUCCACGGAUUAAAUUGCAGAAUGCAGUGAUUUUCAAAGUGGCAUUUUCCUGAGUCAGUUUGUUAAAUUCAUACAUUUCUCGAGCUGAUUCACUCAAUUCUGAGUUCUCUCUUGAAGUGGAAACAUCUAGGAACCACAUCACUUCAGCCUGGAAAGUAUUAGUUUGCCCAAAAUCACAUGACUGGCUGAAUAACAGCAUGUUGAAAAUGAUCUGUCCUUCGUUGUGACACUCUGCUAACUUCCAGUUUUUCAUUGGUGGUAAAAUUAGCACAAUAUAUGUUUGUCAUGAACUUCAAUAAAGGUUUCAUGGCCAUACAGCUGGACUGAGGAAUCAUUCUUCACCAUCUGACAAGUGGAAUUGACUGACACCAGGAAAACAUCUGCCUGACUGCAUAGUGUCUACUGGAAAGUAUGGAAGAACAGUUGUUUUUCUUCCAUAUGUAGGCUAGUUUAACAUGCAGUGAUUUUGUAGGCCAUUUUUGUGCUCUCAGCAUGACUAUGUCCAAUGCUCCUAAAAGAAUCCUAAAGAAAUGUGUUGACAUCUGCAUGGAAAAAUGUAGUCUCCUAGAGUCAGUUACUUCACCUCCAAACAUUUGUGGUGUCAGGUCAAAUCAACCCAGCACCCAAUGCCUGACCUUGCUUAUGUUUUUGUAUAUCAAUAGAUAUGCUCCCCAUAGCAGUAGAUUUUGUGGAACACAUUCUGAAAAUCAAAGGAAACCUGCCUAAACUGCUGCCUGUGAAAUUUGAAUGAGAUAUUCAACAAGCAAGUGUCCACAUACAUUUGAAUGUUGUUUAAAUGUAUUAAAAGGAUCCUUUGAAUGGACAAACCAUUGCAUUAUAAAAAAUUUUAUAUAUAUAUAUAUAUAUAUAUAUAUAUAUAUAUAUAUUCCUUUAUCUGCUCUUUCAUUUUAAAGCAGGCUUGUUUCCUUUGAAAUUGUAACAAAUAUAAAUUCUUUAGUAAUGCUGUGUAUGUAUUAUUGAAAUUUCUUCAAAAUGUCAAUUAGGUGUAAAAGGUAUUUUUAAAACAAAAAAGGAACUAGACACGCGCGCACGCACGCACACACACACACGCACGCGCGUUAUGGGCCAUUCUCUUUAAUACAGAUGUAAAAAUAUUUGCCAAGUUCUAGAACUUUGUCUCAGACUCCUAUUGCCUGGGCUACUCCACUGACCAGCUUCCGCGAUUCUCAGUGUGAAAAUCACAUUGAACUCACGUUGGACUGGCACUAUAGGAUCUCUUUAACAUGAGCAGUAAACAUGCUAACUGCCAAGGUCAUCUUUAAUAUUGAUUAGACCCUGGGCAAGCAUUUCCUUUGGCCUCCUUGGACUUGUCCUCCACUCCCCCUCCCCCAUUUUUUUGAAUGCAGGGGUGUGUUAAUAUAUAAUUUUGGUGUUUAACACAGAGAUGUGUUUGUAUGUAAUGUUGAAGUUUGAAUGCAGGUAUGUUGUGUGUAGUGUAAGCGUUUGAAUGCUGAGAUGUGUGCACAUAUACACAUACAUUGUGAUACACACACACUGACACACAUGCAGAUACAGGCACAUAGUCACUCACCAUAGACGCACAGAUACACGUAUUGACCCACAUGCAGAUACACGUAUUGACAUACAUACAGAUACAUGUAUUGACAUACAUACAGAUACACACACUGACUACAUAUAGAUACACACAAUUACAACAUACAGAUGUACAUGACACAAAUGCAAAUACACACACAGAUAUACAUACUGACACAUAUACACACACACAGAUAUACAUACUGACACAUACACACACAGAUAUACAUACUGACACAUACACACACAGAUAUACAUACUGACUACAUACAGAUACACACAUUGACAACAUACAGGUACACAGACAUACAGACACAUAUACUGAGACACGCUACCUAAGGCCAUCUGGAGUAAAGGGGCACAGUGCUCAACCAAAAGGCAUCUAUUCAGGACUUCAAAUAUACACUGGGGAAAAACCUGUGAGGGAAUUUAAUCUCUAAGCAGUUGCAAGAAAGAUGCCUUUGACAUUAACAUCUAAACCUAUUACUAUAAGUUUAGUAGAACAUGUUUUCCUCACAGGUAAAUUAAUGGUUGGAUGUGUCAAAUGCGUGCAUAUUUGUAAGAAAAAUAUCAAACGCAUAAUGAUGACCUGCUUUAAUAGAACACUCUGGAAUCCCCUGGCACCUUUCGUCUAGUGAUUAACCAAACAGUUUAACAAAGAAAAAAUAUCCAGGUGCCAGUCAGCUGCCUCUCAUCUUGUGUAGAGACGGGCAGCAUUGAUAGACUGGUUCGAAGUGUUUAUGGUGCCUCAAGUGUUCCUUUAAUGCAGAAGUAGAUAAUUUUUGGCACUCCAGAAGUUGUGAACUACAUCUCCCAUAAUGGACCUACAGCCAUAAUGCUGGCAGAGCAUCAGCAUAGAUAUCGUCUAUAACAUCUGACGUGCUGAACAUCACCUACCCCUACUUAAUGUAUGUAUUUACCUUAAUUGCACAACUUCCUAAUUGCAUGCAGGAACAAUAUUAAUAGUCAUUUGUUGAAACAGGUGCAGGUCAAGUGUUGCUUUGUAUGCCACUCAUGCCAGUGUAAACGUGUGUGUGUGUAUAUAUGCAGCUAAGCAUUACACUGUAAUUCAAUGUAUUGUAUUUAUGUUUCAGUGGUGUUAGACGCCCUCUGCAGCUGCUGCUUUGGAACUGCAGCUCUUUGGCCGUUCUCUAAAAACUACACCAUUCACUUCCCAGUAUUACACCUUUCACCUACUUUUAUGUCUUCAAAUUCAGCAUCCUCUUUUACCCACCUUUUCUUGUCAUGAGAAUAGCAUGUUUGGCAUAAUUAAAUGUCUCUCAUUUCAGUGUGUGGUGAGGUCUCAGCAGGAGUCGAAGAUGAGGGUGAGGCUCAAGCAGGCUGGAUCGAAGGUGCAGCCAUCCUUUUCUCAGUCAUUAUUGUGGUCCUGGUCACCGCGUUUAACGACUGGAGCAAAGAAAAGCAAUUCCGAGGCCUGCAGAGUCGUAUUGAGCAGGAGCAGAAAUUUACUGUCAUUCGUAAAGGCCAAGUCAUACAAAUCCCUGUGGCAGAACUGGUGACUGGAGAUAUUGCACAGAUUAAGUACGGUAUGUGAAAUCUAUGAAGUCUGCAGGGAGAAAAAUUUUACAAUGUGCCAGUUUUCAUGUACAUGCCAAAGGCACCAAUUAUUAUACAUCUCCAUACCUUUACAAUCAUGUGUCGUACAUCUUUGUUAUAAAAAAUAAAUAAAUUUCAACUUGUAAUGUUGAUCUUCUGUUUUAAUUAGGUGACCUUUUGCCUGCCGAUGGUGUUUUGAUCCAGGGUAAUGACCUGAAAAUUGACGAGAGUUCACUAACUGGGGAAAGUGACCAGGUGAAAAAAUCCCUCGAAAAGGAUCCCAUGCUACUAUCAGGUAAAAUGGUCCCUUACUAUAUUUGUUUAUUCCAACAUCAAUUAGUACAAUGCAAUAACAAACUGCUUCUAAUUUGCAUGCAGGCACCCACGUUAUGGAAGGGUCUGGGCGCAUGGUUGUCACCGCUGUUGGUGUCAACUCUCAGACCGGUAUAAUCUUCACCCUCCUUGGGGCAAACGAGGGUGCGGAGGAAGAGAAGAAAUCAAAAAAAGGUAAUAACAUUACAACAUCUUACACUUACAAGAACUAUAGUAAGGUCAUCUUGCAGGAUAAGUCCAUGGAAACAUGGUAUGGUCACUGUUCCAUAGAAGAGGUGUGUGUGUGUGUGUAUAUACACCAACCUACCUACUACAUUGUGUGUGAGUGUGUGUGUGUAUAUGUAUAUAUGUGUGUAUGUAUGUGUGUGUGUGUGUGUGUGUGUGUGUAUAUAUAUAUAUAUAUAUAUAUAUUGUAUUGCGCUUGAUUGGGGUUCUUUAGCAGUAGGUUUAAGGUUUAUUGGUUUAUUCAGUGGAUUGAUUAUAUUGUCAAUACGGUUUUGUUCUGCUUUUUUGAUAGUUUACCUCUUGAAAUCACAUUCUUUGUGUGCUCUCCUCUGUGUGCUCACUCCAUUAUCCAUUACUCUGGUGUUCUCAUAUUCCUAUUUUUAAAAUGUUUUUUGUCUCCUUUCCAUAAGUAAGCUGUAUGGGCUUUCUGUUUGCUCCUUCAGAUAAUAUACUUAUUUUUCUCUUUCUUUCUGCCUUUCCAUCGUGGUCUUUCUAUCUCGUUAUUUUAUUACUUUCCUCUUUUCUUCAUCUUACCUUUCUAUCCCAUUUGGUCUAUAUUCGCGGUCUGUUAUCUGUUUUGUUUUUUCUUCUUCCUACUCAGUUUCCCCAUUCUUUAUAUAUCUUCUCUGACCCUGCCUUGCCCUUUUUAACUCCACUUCAUGGGAUAGUUCACAGGUGAGGGUGCUCCCUUUCAUCUCUUCCAUCUUAUUUGGGGGGUUUCCUCCUCUAUUUCAUGAAGUCAAAGUGAUCAGAAACCCUCCUCCUUUUUUUUUUUUCUUUUUUUUUUUUUUUUUUUUUUUUUUUUUUUUUUUUUUUUUUUUUUUUUUCUUUAUCUGAACAGGUAAAAAACAAGGACCUCCAGAAAAUCGCAACAAAGGUAAACAGAUCCUCAAUUCCCAACCUCAUUUUGUUUCACAGCGACAACUGACUAAAUUUCACAAAAAAAGUUGUUUGUGGGCACAAUUGCUUACCUUCACCACUUUCAGCUGCACAGCUUAUAGCGCGCACCAGGAUCUUAUAUGAUCUGUGCUGUAAUUCUGAAGGAGGAAACUUUACUGGUAAACUUUGAUGGACCACUGGGUUCUUCAUUGUUUGGAGCUGCCAAACCAUGCAUUGUAUAAUGUACUACAUAUAGCUUUAUAAAUGGAGAUACAGGAUUUUUAAAACAUACCUGUAGUUGUCAAGCAUACCCAAGGCCUAGUGUUUUUUGCAUGAUACUUGCCAUUCUAACACAAAGUGGGCAUUCAUAAAUUUACAGCCUGUUUGCAGGAGGGCUGUGUAUCUAAAAAAGAAUGAUAAACUCCCAGUUUUGUUGCAGAAACAAAACCUGUGUUCCUCUUUUCUUAGUUGCCCCUAACAGUUCUUCUAUGACAUGUAGUCUUUGUUGACUUGGCGCACAUAAAUUUGUGUCUUGUGGUUAUGUGACAUCACACACAAUGGCAGCGUUUUAUGUGCCUGGAUGUGUUAUUGCAUCUUGUUUGUGUCCUAUAUGUGGCAUUCACUUGUGAUCUUUUCAGGCCUUUCACUUUUGGGUAUAUUGCUUCUAUGCACGCAUUGCCCACAGCAGCGACUGUCCUUCUCUAUAUGUUGUCUUUUCAUCUUGUAAGCAUAUUUCUUCCUGCUCUUUCAUCUACGUAUGCUAGUUCUAACUUGCCCUUGGUGAACUACUCUGUCAACACAGGGGGCUGGUAUUGGUCUGGUCAUCAUUCCAUCCCCAGCUAUAUAGACUGUUUAGUUGACAACCUCGAGACCAAGUUCUCCCUAUCGACUGAUAUCAGUUAAGGGUCCUCCCCCACCAGUAGCAGAAUAAGCUUCUUCAAACUCACCGAUCUUCUAUACAACAUUAUCCGUGGAAGCCUGUUCUUCAUGUAUUAAAAAAAAAGCCACAACAAAUGGAACUGUGAUGUAUCUGUUUGAUUUCUGGAUUGCUGCAUGUGAUUUUGGCCACAAAACCAUAAUUUAAACAAUUUCUUCUGCUGUUAUAGUACAUUAACUGCUAGUGCUCAAUGCAAUCACUGCAUCCCAGAACUACAAAAUAUGUAAACCCUGUGAAUAUAUUUUGAAACACAUUUGAACUGCUGCCUUCUCCAAUCUUUAUAAACUACAUAUAUAUGUAGAAUUUUCACUCCAAGCCUAAUCCACCAGAAUAUGUUGGGGGUUUUUUUGUUUUUGUUUUUUGGACCAAGGCGAAUUCUUGUUUUUGUACAUUUUGUAAUAUGUACAUAGCUUUGUAUGAAGCUUGUUUUGAAUCACUUGAAAGCAAUAUAUAACCCAUCACCAUAACCAAGCAGGGAAUAUGUCUGGUAAAUAUGUCAGGCAUCUCAUUAAAAAUAUUGUCCUGCCUUUCUCCAUUCACUCAAUUUAUUGUAGCUGCAGCCCUAUGCAAAAAUGACUACAGCUAAAUGAUCAUAGUUUCUGUCUGUUCAUAAUAGGUCUUGUACAGCCUAUGCAUGCAAUACAAGUGGUAAUUAACGUAUGUCUGAUAUUUCAUUCAUGAAAAAAAUGAGUGAAGCUAUUCAAUAGACAAGCACAUGUAAUCCACACAGAGGCAUUUCCAGACUGUUUCACUGAUAGCCAGUGCUGUAUAUCACAAUGUAUUUGAAAAACACCCUUACUGUAUGUAUGACAGGCUUUCUUGGGAUGAAUGAUGUAUAUCAUGAUAUAUUUUGAUGUUUGGUGUAACAACGCAGAGCAUCCCAACGGUAAUAAAGCAUUUUCAUUCAUUAACAUUCACUUUACUAUCUGUUUAAUCUGUCUUACAUUUCAUUAUUGGAAGUGUUAGAGGGUUGGGUGAAAGAAACCCUUCCUGGGCCCGUGCAAGUGUGUAGGAAUUACAGUAUAUUGCAGCCUCCCUUCUUGAGGAUUGUAAACUGCACCUAACCAGACAUUUUAAUACACAGGAGGAAACAGGACGUACUCAUACUGGACUUACUAACAUACCACUUUGUGCAGGGGGCCCAUCAUAACCUUCUUCUCUCCUGCUCUAUUCCUUUUGUCUUUUUUGUUUGUAAUUUCAUUAUCAUUCUCUUUUCCCUCUCACUUGCCACUCACUUCUUUCCAUGUCCUCCUUAACCUUCUAUUUUAAGCGCACUUUUAUUUUUCCUGGUGAGUUUGUCUGCACUUACUCUUGGUUGUGUCAUGUUGUCUAGUGGCAUCAUGUUCCUUGUGUCCUUCUCUGUCUGUUCCACCUCUCCUUCAGUAUUAACCGGCCCUUGUUUUUACUUCCCUCGUUUCCAGCCAAAGCUCAGGAUGGUGUAGCUCUUGAGAUCCAACCUCUGAAAAGUGAGGAGGGAGUUGAUAGCGAAGAGAAGGAGAAGAAAGUGGUGAAGGUGCCAAAGAAGGAAAAAUCUGUCCUGCAAGGAAAGCUGACCCGUCUAGCAGUGCAGAUUGGAAAAGCAGGUAACAUGGCGCUUACCUUAUAAUUUUCUCAGAGGCCCAUUUGAUCAUCCAUAAAAAAUAUGAAACAAGGUCCAAAUGAAAAGUAGAAAAGAUGCAUAAUGUAGUUUUUCUUUAAAAAAAGAAACCCCAAUAAGGCCAGUUUAAGACACUCCAUAUCGUCCUAGACUCUUAAUUUUCUCAAUGAAGCUUACUGUACUAUACACUUUGGGAAUUUUGUUCUAAGGGUUGAAAGGAUUUCAUGAAGUACAAGUAGCUUGGUAUUUUGGUGGUGGUGUGUGUCUUAACAAGAUUUCCUACUUCAGGUCUCAUCAUGUCUGCCAUUACGGUGAUUAUUCUGGUCCUGUACUUUGUCAUUUACACCUUUGGAGUGUUGGGUCGCCCUUGGCUGGCAGAAUGUACUCCCAUCUACAUUCAAUAUUUUGUCAAGUUUUUCAUCAUCGGAGUCACUGUACUUGUUGUUGCUGUCCCAGAGGGUCUGCCUCUUGCAGUCACCAUUUCCCUUGCCUACUCUGUGAAGGUAUGAUUGGAGAGGGUUUUAUUUAUUUAUUUUAACCAAGCCUACAAUUGUUUUCUGAUAUUUAUUUGCCUAAUGUUUGUAACCAAAACCCGCCAUUAAAUAUCAUCCCUCCCGAAUAACUAAACUGUUACAUUUUCCACAGAAAAUGAUGAAGGACAAUAACCUUGUGCGUCAUCUGGAUGCCUGUGAAACCAUGGGUAAUGCAACAGCCAUUUGCUCAGACAAGACAGGCACUUUGACUAUGAACCGUAUGACCGUAGUUCAAGCAUAUGUGGGUGGCGCCCAUUAUAGGCAGAUUCCCGAUCCUGAAGCACUGGAUGCAAAAGUACUGGAGCUGAUGGUCAACGGCAUUUCUGUCAACUCAGCCUAUACAUCAAAGAUCUUGGUAAGAAAAUCUGGGCAUUGCUUAGUUGAAAUACCAGUAUUAGAGACUUUUUCAGUGAUUUGCAAAAACUCAGGGAUUCCCACCAAUCCAAAGUUCGAGGGCUGUUUUAUGAUCAUUUUAAGACUCUUUGUUUCAAAAUUUGUCACCUCAGUAAAGAGGAAGGUGGUGACCAAUAGAGAAUCAAAAAACAUUUCCAAAACACUGCUAAGCAGUGUGGAUUUAUAUUUGUAGUAAAAACCCACACACAUUCUUGAAGAAUGGAUCCUUCUACUAAAUCUCUUUGAGGCUUGGGAGGACCAGGAGGAGUGCUGAUUGAGUGCCAUCGCUUGUGGGGUUUGUAUAUACACACACACAUAUAAUGUGUAGUUACGCAUUGUGUCUUGCACAGGAGAAUAUGAAAUUAAGGGGAUGGGUUUGAAAUGUAAGGGUUAUGGUGGCCAGGGAUUAAUCAGUAGAUAAUUUAGGGAUAUGCGCUGAUAUAUUAAUUGUGUUUUUGUUGCUUUGCUCUUCUCAGUUUGUCUUGGUGUUUUGUUUUUCUUUUGUUUUGUUUUUUCAAACCUAUUUUUUGAUGUGUUUUUCUUAGCCUCCUGAGAAGGAAGGAGGUCUUCCCCGUCAGGUGGGUAACAAAACAGAAUGUGCCUUGCUAGGCUUUGUGUUGGACUUGAAGCAGGAUUACCAGGCUGUUCGCAACGAGAUUCCCGAGGAAAAACUGUACAAGGUUUAUACCUUUAACUCUGUACGCAAAUCCAUGAGUACAGUGCUACGCACUCCAUCAGGUGGAUUCCGGAUGUACAGCAAAGGCGCUUCAGAAAUCAUCCUGCGCAAGUAAGACUAUAGCACGAAUAUGGCAACUAGUAUUGGAAAACUUAGAACAUUUUAUGCUACUUGCACACAUUCGAUUUUGUUAAACAGUACAUAAAUACUCUAAGAAAGCAGCUAAACAAUAUUAGGCUUAAAUGACACCUCAGCAGCAGACUAAGUUGAGCAGCAGCUGGUCAGAUAACAGUAAAGACCCAACAUGGCUGCUCUGACACAUUUAAAAUAAAACAAAUCAGUAUACAUCUUGAAAACCAAGUUUCAAUAAAUGAAAUAGACAUUUUAAAAAAGAGAAGUGAAAAUUUGAGGACAGAUUUUCUUUAAAGGAUUGCUCCAAGCAUCAUGACCACUUCACUGUGGUUAUGGUAAUUGGAGUCUGUAUCUACCAAAGGUGUAAAUUCUCCUCUGGAAGCAUCACUGGUGUGUCAUUAGCCAGUUCUGGACUGCCUGUUCUUUUCAUGUCCAGUGUCUGUCAUCAGAAUGCGUAACAUGUUGUUUAGAGAUGGCCAAUGGUAGCUCCCCCCAUCCCCAUGCUGCCCUUGUCCUCCUCUCAUCCAGCCCUCUCUGGCAUUGGUCCCUUCGAGCAGAUUGAUGUCGGCGAUGGUAGAUUGGGCUGAGGGAGAACUUUUUUUUUUUGUUAAAGUAACCCUUUAAUCUGAAGUAAUUUAAAUAUUGUUUUGUUGCAAUCCAUAGACAUCUAGAAAUAUAAAAUGUCUAUAGCUUAUUAUGGGUGCUUCUUCUCUUUGCCACAGAUGUACACGUAUCCUUGACCAAGGAGGGGAGGUCUGUGUUUUCAAGGCAAGAGAUCGGGAUGAGAUGGUAAAGAAGGUCAUAGAACCAAUGGCAUGUGAUGGAUUACGUACAAUCUGUCUGGCAUUCCGAGACUUCCCUGCAGGUGCAGAGCCUAACUGGGACAGUGAAUCAGACAUUUUAUCUGAACUUACCUGUAUCACAGUAGUGGGCAUUGAAGACCCUGUCCGGCCUGAGGUAAAAUAUAUACAUUUUCCACAUGCUAUGAUUUUACAUAGAUUUCUAGAGUCUUUUUUUUAUCAUUUCUGAUAUGACUUCCUCCAUUAUUUACUAUAAUUCUACAGUUUCAAACUACUCUAUCUACUGUUGUGAUGUCCCGAACGGUUCACGUACGCUUCGCUGCGGACUCAUCAUUGAGUAAACUUUGACCCUGUGCCUCACAGUCAACAGACACAUUCCAGCCAAUCCGCAGCAGACCCUCCCUCCCAGACCCUCCCACCUCCUGGACAGCUCACUAAGAAUGCAGCUUCAAAAUGGAUGCUGUCCAGGAGGUGGCAGGGUCUGGGAGGGAGGGUCUGCCGCUGAUUGGCUGGAAUGUGUCUGCUGACUGUGAGGUACAGGGUCAAAGUUUACUCAAUGAUGAGUCCGUGGCGAACUGUUCGGGACAUAACUACCUACUGUUAAUCCUUCUCUCAUCUUCCAUUUAUGAGCAGGUCCCUGACGCCAUCCUGAUGUGUCAACGUGCCGGUAUCACUGUGCGCAUGGUAACAGGGGACAAUAUCAAUACAGCCCGUGCUAUAGCUACCAAAUGUGGUAUCCUUCAGCCUGGGGAAGACUUUCUGUGCCUGGAAGGAAAAGAAUUCAAUACUUUAAUCCGCAACGAAAAGGGAGAGGUAAGAAAACUGUCCUGGCCAUAUUUCAAAAUGAGUGUGAGAAUAUAGAGAUGUGAACUGGCAGUAAAUUAGCAGUAUAAAUAUAAAUACUGUGAUUGCUCCUUGAUGCUGCUAGCAAACCACUGUUUCAUGUAAUUGUCAAACAAGAUGUUGUUUUAAUGAGUGGUCCUUGUGGUGACAAAUUGAAAACUUGACAACAUGUUUUUAUAUUCAGGACCAUAGUAUUAUGUUUUAUUUAUUUUUUUGCCUCGGUACACCUUUAUCACAUUUUUCGUGGACUGAUGUAAAGCUCUACAGUAGCAAUCGAUCUGUGGAAAUUAUGGUCUUCUUGAUACAUUGUUAGUUAUCGAACAUUGUUAAAGGAAAAUUUUCUGUUAUAACAUGAAUGUUUAUUUAUUCAUAUGGUUAGGUGAUUGUUUAAAAAAAACAAAAACAUAUUUACUAAAUGUUGUAGGGUAAAAAACCAAAUAGGUCUGGCCCUAAAACCUUACCUUUCUUUAGUUGCAAAUACUUGUUUGUUAGUCCACCUAAAUUACAAUGUUGCAUAAUUUGUUGGAGCUUGAGCUUCUACAUUUUAAGAUGCUCUUUUUUUUGUAUAGCAUUUGUUAGUGCUAAGUCAUGUCCAGUAAAAUGCUUCCCACAGAACAGCAGUGAGAAUAAAUGGGCAUGAGCAGCGAGAGACUGUAUUCCCUGUUGGAAUGAUUUGGACAAAAAAUAUGGACACAGUUUAUAUACCUAUUUAGAAAUAUAAUAUAAUAAUUAAGAGGGUGUGGUAAGGUUUAACCACUUAAGGACACAUGACGGAAAUAUUCCGUCAUGAUUCCCUUUUAUUCCAGAAGUUGUGUCCUUAAGGGGUUAAUAUGACUUGGGAAGGCAAAGAUUACAACUUAAUCAGGAUUUUGGAAUUAAUCCCUUGCUAUGAUUGGAUUGAAAGCAAUAUUUAAAAAAAAAAAAAAAGUUUUAUGGAUUUUAUUUGGAUUUGUGCAAAUAGUACACUCCUUGAUCAUUAUCUGGUCAGAAAAAUAACAAAGUAAGAUUUGAAGAAACAGUAAUGAUGGAUUGGCGCAGCAAGCGGACAUAGGUGCAAAACAAGGAACAUGGCAAAUAUGUUGGCAUUGUGUUGCUCAGGUUGAUGUAUGCAUAGGGUCACUGUAAUCUAGAGUCUGUGUCUCAGACAACGUUGGAAGGGGACUGCGGGCAUAAGGUCGUGUCGUGCUAGGUCUCGUGGCCACCUGACCAGUCGCUCCUUCUGGAACGUUCCUCUGACUAGUCAAGCCUCCAGGACCCUGCCUCCCCUCUACCUGUUUAUCGUUGUUUCCCCGGGACACAAAGUAGGCAAGUUGUCACGCACGUACGGCAUCUUAACUAAACCAUGGUCUUUAUGUCAAUAGACUACACACAUAUGUACAGUGCUCGCUGUGACGCAAGGCCCUCAGUUUACACUACGUCUGUCUAGUUGUCACAGCACCUGCCCAGGUCUUGCCUAAUGGUUCUGUAUUGACUCUUCUGAUGUAACAGUUAACUGAAAUAAUGGGAUAAUCGCCUCAUACUUGGUCAUACUGCCACAAGGGCAUGGAUUGCCCCCGCCCCUUUGUGAGUUAAGAUACAAUGCUCCACAUUCCUAUGUUGCAAUCAUAUGUCCUAUACAGGCUGAAAGACUAGCCAUUAUAUCCCUUCACUGACUUUGUAGGAGUAAGUGGUCUCUUCAAACUAAGACAUAGAACAACAACCGGUUGCGCACUAAGUGUCUAAAAAUCCCAAACUAAAAAACUUUGUUCGUGGGGUUUACGGUGGUUAGUCUCGACUUGUUGGGCCCGACUCUCCACCUGACCUUUGGUAGUCUGCAGCAGGCUGUCCCUCCUGGAACUCUCCCUGGAUUCCACCUCCUGGACUUUCUGGUGGAGGGUUCCCAUCUCCUCCUGGGUCUCUCUUAGAUCUGCUUUCCACACCUCCCGCAUGUCUGCUAGGAACCUUUUAAUUUGGAAGGUGAAGAGUCUUCAUUCGACUUUGCUUCCUGAGAGUCAUCCCCUGGACCCAGUGAGGGGAGUUCUUCCUCCUCUUCAUUAGAUUCCACAGAGGCCUCAUUUUUCUCUUGAGGCUCGGGCGCCAUCUUAGGUGGCUCUGGCCGAGUAGGCAUCUCGAAUGAAAGACUGAUAUCAGGCAAUUUAGGGCUCUCUCGGAGUUGAAAUUUACGGUGCUCUGUUGGGGGGUGUCGAGUAUGUUUCCCCUGACAGCUCCAAAGGUGAAAAAAUUGUUGAAUUUAAGAGUCUCUAUGGCAGAGCUCAAUGGAAACACGUCUGUGUUGCUGCUAUGUCUGCCACGCCCUGCUGUUUGAAAGCAAUAUUAUGUGUAAGAGAAGCAGAAUUGAAAAAAAAGAAAAUGUUUGCUAAAUAUUUGCUAAAAUAAGCAGCUAUUGCCUCUGGACAGUGUCAAUACAGCACUGCGGAAGAUCAAAUUAUUCUAUCAUCAUAUUUGUUUGCAGACAAAGUAAUUAUUUUAUUUUUAGUCCUGAAGGGAAGUAGCUAGUUUACUUUACAGUGCCCUGCAACUCAUUAAGCUAUGCAUUAUAGAAUACAUAUCUGCUCUCUAACUGCCAAAAAGCUAAUUACAUUGAAAAUAGUUAUGUUACUGUACCACUUUGUGUGUGUAAACAUGUAUAUAUAAAUAUGUGUCCUGAUAAAAGUUUAGUGUGUUAAACUGAAACAUUGAACAGAAAAUGACUUUUUUGAAGCAUUUCCAUUUAAGGAGUCCCAGGAAUAUUUUUUAGUUUUGGUUGGUGCGUAAUUGCAGGAUUUUAGCACCAGGCAACAUAUACACUGAUCUGCCACAACAGUAAAACCACUGACAGGUGAAGGGAAAAACAUUAAGUAUAUUGUUACAAUGGCACCUGUCAAAGGGUGGGAUAUAUUGGGCAGCAAGUGAACAGUCCGUUCUUGAAUUUCAUGUGUUACAAGCAGGAAAAGUGAACAAGCAAAAAGAUCUGAGUGACUUUGACAAGGGCCAACAAGGAAGGGAUAAGAAUGGGUGAGAAAUACUCGCCUCCUGUCAUUAAUAAAAUUAAAAUUAAGAUGGCUAGAUGACUGGGUCAGAGCAUCUGUAAAAUGUCUUGUGGGUGGUCCCCAGUUUGUAGUUGUUGGUACCUACCAAAAGUGGUACAGUGAAGGACAACUGAUGAACCUGCAUCUCGGUCAAGGGCGGCCAAAGCUCAUUGUUGCAUGUGGGGAGCGAAUGCUAGCCUAUCUGGUCUGAUCACACAGAAGAGCAACUGUAGCUCAAAUUGCUGAAAAACAGAAUGUUGGCCAUGGUAGAAAGGUGUCAGAACAAACAAUGCUUAAAUUUGUUGCAUAUGGGGCAUGUCAGAGUGCCCAUGAUGAUCUUUGUCCACCUCCGAGAGCACCUUCAUUGGAGAUGUGAACAUCAGAACUGGACCAUGGAGCAUUAAAAGAAGGUAACCUGGUCUGAUGAAUCCCAAUUUCAUUUCGAUCCGAUAGAUGGCCUGGUGUGUGCAUCAUUUACUUGGAGAAGAGAUGGCAACAGGAUUCACUAUAGAAUGAAGGCCAACUGGUGGAAGCAGUGUUAUGCUCUUGGGAAUGUUCUGCUGGGCAAUAUUGACUUCUGGCCUUCAUGUGGAUGUUACUUUGACACAUACCAUGUACCUAUAGAUUGUUGCAGACCACAUACACCCGUUCAUGGUAGCCAUACUGCAAAAAUCGUUAAGGAGUGGUUUGAGGAACAUGACAAAGAGUUCAAGGUGUUGUCUUGACCUUCAAAUGGCCCAGAUCUCAAUCAGAUUGAGCAUCUGUGGGACAUGCUUUAACAAUAAAUCCAAUUCAUGGAGGCCCCACAUUGUAACUUGCAGGACUUAAAGGAUCUGCUGCUAAUGUGUUGGUGCCAGAUGCAUGUUCAGAGGUCUUGUGGCUUUCAGAGCUGUUUUGCAGUGUACCUACAUGAUAUUAGGCAGGUGAUUUUUAAUGUGGCUGAUCAGUGUGUAUCUGAAUACAAUAUAUAUGAAUUUGUGUAUGUAUAUAAAGUGGUUGGUUUGUUACAGAUUUGUGUGGUUGGAAACCAAUAAUGUAAUACGUUGUGUUUAUGUGUAUUAUUUUUAUGCGAGUGUCUUUAUGUUAGUAGAACCUGUUAUUAUUGUUUUCUUAAUGUGGUUUAUCUUUUAAAAACUGGGCACAACAGGCUAGGUAUAUUGUCUUUGACAGGCUAUACCUAAGCAGCUCUCUGUCAAAUGAAAAAGUAACAGGAUAUGAAUUCCUGUCUUUCACUCUUCCUUUUCUGGUGCUGAUAAUCAAUGUAGAAUGACAGAUGUGGUACAAACAUUCGUGAUUAAUUUCUGGGUUGCAUGCCAUGUUUAUUGUUGGAGAAGAACAGAGACACAACAUUGUAUAUCUGUUCUGGUCCCACUAUAAACACCGGCAUUUAGCCCAGAAAUAUGUACUGAACACACUUAUCACAGCUGUCUUACCAUUUAUAUAAAACCGUUAUUGUCUUGAGGUUUAGGUUUUAGGUUCAGUUUGGUGGUUUACAGUUUAGGGUAAUUUCUGUCCAUUUUCUGGUUGAGGUUAGGGCUUGUAUGUAGGGAGAUUGGAAGUGAGUGCCCCCAAAUGACAGCAAAUUCAUGCUGAAAAGAAAUCGUGUGAUGAGCAUUAGAUUUUUGGCAAGAACAAGGAUUACAACAAAUAAUUGUAGAUUAUGCUAGCUUUAGUGUACCUAUAAUCUUAAUUUUAUUAAUGACAGGAGGCGAGUAUUUGCUUAAGUCUCUCUUUACUAGAACUCCACAGCAGCACAGAAAAACAACCAAUCAGAAAAAAGUUAGGUACUAUAAAACUCCCCUCCCCAUACAUCAUUUCCUCUUUCAAGCUGCGACAGAACAAAGGGCAAAAAAAUAUAAUGGGGAAGAAACGAAGUCCUAGAUACAAUGAAUACAAGAACGUCCACCAUCCGAGGGGAUCUGCUGAACGAGAUGGCUUUGAUGGACUGUAAACUGAAACAAGAAAAAACAGAAUUGAACAGGUUGAUUAGCCAAUGAAAUGUACUCUGAACAAACAUGUAGGUACCCAAUGUAUCAACCAAAAUACCCUAAUAUGGAGAUAUCCCAACCCUACUUAGGAAAAAUUAGACAUAAGAACGAGUUGCAUACGUACCUGAUGAACCCAAACUAUUAAAAUUAAACAAGGGAGGGAUAAGAAUGGGUGAGAAAUACUCGCCUCCUGUCAUUAAUAAAAUUAAGAUUAUAGGUACACUAAAGCUAGCAUAAUCUACAAUUUUAUAACCUGACAGGAGGCUUCGUAUUUGCGGUUUUAACGUUCAGCCAACAAAUCCAACUCUGUUUGUUUAGCUGGUACCUAUUCUGGAAGAUAACCAGAGCAAUCCCCAAUGGACCCUCCAACUGCGAGAAGUGACAGUAGACGGAUCAAUGAAGAUGCUAGCUGUUGAUGUACCCCAAAAUAUGGGAAAACUCCAUCCGUUGUUAGAUCCACUGUACGUGGGGUUACGACCGGUUUCCUAGCAGACGUCCAUGAACUGCAAAGCUGACCUAUUGGCUACUUCCCUGUAGUGUAAAACACCAAGGGUCAUCCGUGGAUUUAGGGUCGCGAGAAAAAACUGCCACCAGAUCUCGACCUUUGAUGUAGAAGAUUUUUUUUCCGAUCGUGCCAGGAUCACCAGGUCAUGUGGCCUUGUAGACAAAAUUCCAACCUCAGGUAAUGCGUCUGAGUCUACCACCAUUUCCGUAACCGAACCGAAUCUUAUAGUUCCCUCAUGACCUACCCGGUGAGUGGCCUCGUCUGAGAAUGAACCCAUUAUGCCGGUAAGACUGUUUCCAGUACUCCAAAUGGACUGCGUAACCUGCAACUGUGGUAGAAUAAGGUACUCCCCAGGGACGUCCAAUCAGAGUCCCAACUCUGAACUAGCAUAGUGAAACAGUGGUCGACUACUCUGGGGACCUGUGAAUCCUGGAUAUAACCAAAAAAGGGAAACAAAACUACAGUAUGAGAUUUCCAUUCAAAUAUAUCCUCAUCUGGGAGUGAUAGGUGGUCCGGAUCCAAGGGUAAUAGGGCCCUGCAUAGACGAAGAAGAGUCCUCCGUGUUGUAUUCGCGUGGAGGACCGCAAAGUCUUCGAAGUCGGUUCGAAGUGUAGGCCUGAUGAAAAAAACGAAACAGCCCUGGUGAGCAGGUCUGGAGCAGGACUUCCGUCUGCGAGACUGGCGACUGAUUAGGGGGGAGAGUGAAUAAUCUGAUUAAUCGUCUGUGCCCGAUCAAUGCCCGAUCUGUCAAAGUUUGUGGAGGAACUCAUGGUCAGCACGACACCUCCAAGAUAGGGUAUAAUAUAGUGAGACCUUAGGUCCCUGUAUCUCUGACUGUCCGGGCACCUAUCUCCCCGAGUAGGCCCGAGGCCAAGGGACCCAGGAAUGUGAAUUCGAGAACCGAACUAUAGGAAUACCUCCCUUCUUAGUCUGGAGUCCCGAGAACUCAUAGCAUUCUCAAAUACGUAAGUAAGAGGUUAAUCCCCAUCACUAACGAUCGGAGAUCCCAGAGAACAGAUAUAGCGAACAAACAAGGUCCUAGCUUCAACUAUCCGAAGCAGAGGCCAUCCAGUCGGCAUGUCAUAUCCGAGCCUGCUACCGAUCCUGAGCAUUACUCCAUCUUUCGGUUGCCUCCCGACUUUGUGAUGUCUGUGUAGGAGUCGUGGUACACAGGGUUCCCCCCCAUAGAGUCCAAGCAGGCCUCCUUGAUGGAAAUUGACUAGGUGGGUCAGCGGAAACCCACAACCAAGACUGUUCCCGUGAGGGAUUAAAGUCUAGAAGAGGGUCCUCCAUAACCGAAUCAUGUUCUCAGAGGAGCAGAGGUAGUCCUGACAUCUAUCCCAAGAUUAACAACCCGGGAACCCCGAGUCGACUGAAGAUUCCAUUCUUCCCAUGCAAUCAAUGCAUAUGGUGUAUCUGCAGCCCAGGUUGUGGGCCUUCCCCAGUCUUGUCACGUGGGCAAGGCAGUGCAUGUUUGUUCUACGAAGGCCUCAGGAUCCACUGUCACCUUGACAUGGGUAAAAUCAGUCUGAACCGCUAGUACGCAAUGGUCUGUAUAACCUAGACAUAGUGCGAUUGUUUGUUUGAUAUAGCGUAGAUCAUACUAAAACCUGCCCUCUUGUAAUAACUGAGGCUCCUCCGUUAGCUGUACCGUCUCCAGGAAUACCUCCAAUAGGGAGGGAUAGGGUCACCAACAAAAUGGAAAUAGAAUAUGGUGUAUACUGCGCCCAAAAUCAUACGUACAUACACCUGAAGAAAAGAGGCCUGGUAAAUACCUCAAAAUGAUAAAACAGAAAAACAAUAAUAGUGCAAAACUAUUUUGUAAAGUGCAAGAUAUUGGCUAAAUAGCUGUAGGAAAACCACUCACAUAGGGUAGAGCUAUAUAAGAGUUCUGCUGUAUUACACGUAGACGGUACAAUCCCCGUCUAAGGAUACAGGAUAGUAGAGAUGGUACUGGUCAAUUUGUAGAAAAAGACCUGCUCUAGUUAUCUCAGCGUGGGUGGUACUGUCCCCACCUAAGGAUAUGAUAGCACCAGGUAGCAAGUAUUGAAUUAAAUGUAGGAGGGACGCCCCUCUAGGCAGACAUCGUUGUCCUGUACAGUUACAAACCUGUGUGAUGAGCAAUGGAGGCACCGUAGUGCUAGAGUGUAUGAGAGAGCCGCACUCUCUAAUAAAUCAAUCCAACUCUGUGUCAGCAUCAGGCUGAUAGCAGGAGUGGGCCGUACCCGUUAAUAACAAAAGGUAGUGUCUACACCCUUGUCUGGUUCUUUCUAUGAGUGGGCCACACUCAGGACAUGUCUCCUGUAUCCCUCUCCUGUAUCCCCCCCCCCUCCCAUGAAAACAAAUACAGUCUAACAAAAUAGGAAAGCAUAAAAUGGACAGAAAAUCCCCCAAUAAACUCUAAAGAACUGUAAAAAGACAAUAAAAUCCCAAAGCCACCAACUAAUAUUAACAGGAGGCAGUGGUAAUCUGACCCGUACUGAUGCGGAGCAGCAAAGAAAGAGGAAAUGAUGCAUGGGGAGGGGAGUUUUAUAGUACCUAACUUUUUUUUCUGAUUGGUUGUUUUUCUGUGCUGCUGUGGAGUUCUAGUAAAGAGAGACUUAAGCAAAUAUGAAGCCUCCUGUCAUGUUAUAAAAUCAAAAUUGUAUCAUUAAAUGAUGACCUGUGUGUAUUGCUAAAAGAUGUUUUCAACAACAUUCUAAAAGACUAGUUGGAUUUAGACUGCUCUCAAUUAAAAGGCUCAUUUGAAACUAUACAGUUAUCAUUUACAGUAAAUAUACCUCAUUUAGACAUAAGUCUGCUAACUUGCAUCACACAGGAGAAUGUUACAAGCUGGGGAAUUUAAAGGACCACCAUAGGCAGCCAGACCACUUCAGCUUAAUGAAGUGGUCUGGGUGCCAGGCAGGGCCGGACUGGGGAUACAAAGCAGCCCUGGAAAAAAAUGUUGUGCCAGCCCCAUAAGUCACUGCGCCAUAUAUUGUUGCGUGUAAUAUGUAAGGCUAUGUCUUGCCAACACAGAUGAUUGAGAUAUAUAUAUAUAUAUAUAUAUAGAUAGAUAGAUAUAUAGAUAUAGAUAUAGAUAGAUAUAGAUAUAGAUAGAUCUAUAGAUGUAUAGAUAGAUAGAUCUAUAGAUGUAUAGAUAGAUAGAUCUAUAGAUGUAUAGAUAGAUAGAUCUAUAGAUGUAUAGAUAGAUAGAUCUAUAGAUAGAUCUAUAGAUAGAUAGAUAGAUAUAUAUAUUGCUUUUUCUAAUAUAAAAUAUUGGUCCUUUCAGGGUAAAACGUUUAAUUAUACAGUAAGCAUACUCACAUGCAGACACAGGCAAUUUCACUGACAUCUCAAUGACACACACAAGCUCAUUGAUACACAGCCUCAUAGACAAACAAUCUCACUGAUAUACAUCAGCUCAUUGACAUAAAAACACAAGCUCACUCACUAGCAGGCACACGCAUGCAAGCAAGCUCACUCACUAGCAGACGCACACACACAGCUUAAUGUAGUGGUACUGGUGUCUAUAGCAUGUCCCUACAGGCUUUUCAACGUAAACACUGACUUUUCAGAGAAAAGGCAGUGUUUACAUUGCUUCAAAGUGACACUGCUAGUGACAGUCACUCAGACGGUCACUAGAGGUGAUCCUUGUGUCAGUGCACCUACAUUCAGGGCCUCCACACUCUGUAGCUGCUGAACGUUCCCAUAGAUAUACAUUGAUUCAAUGCAUCUCUAUGAGGAGAUGCUGAUUGGAGUGGCAUUUUGCAGCCAAUCAUAUGGCAAAGCAUUGGAUUGGCUGAGUUCAUCAAGCUUGAUGAUCUCAGCUAUAGAGGCAGGGCCAGUCGAGGGGAGACCAGCAUGCUGCGUAGGGGAAAAAAAAUGAGCAAAAACACUAUUUUUAAACACACAUAUACACCAUGACAGACACAGAUACACACCCCAUGACACACACACACCAUGACAGACCAUGACACAGACAGACCCACACACACACACCAUGACACAGACAGACAGACACAGACAGACACACACAGACCCACACACACACACCAUGACACACACACACCAUGACACAGACACACACACACCAUGACACAGACACACACACACCAUGACACAGACACACACACACCAUGACGGACGGACGGACAGACAGACACACACACCAUGACGGACGGACGGACAGACAGACACACACACCAUGACGGACGGACAGACGGACACACCAUGACCGACAAACUCACACUGACACACAUUACUAAUACCUGCCAGGGGGAGGUCUUCUGGCGGGCGCUGCGCUGUCUCUUCUCUCCCGCCCUUGCGCGCUGCUGAAUGAGACCGGGCCGGAAUAUUCCAGCACCGGUCUCAUUCAGCUGUGCGCUGGGGAGCAGAGACAGCGCAGCUCCGCCGGUACAAGUCCCCCAGCGGCCGCCUUAUAAUAUGGUUAAUCCAGCCUCUCAUUGACAGCCGCUAGAGGCACUUGCGUGCUUCUCACUGUGAAAAUCAGUGAGAAGACGCCAGUGUCCAUAGGAAAGCAUUGUAAAUGCUUUCCUAUGAACUGGCUAAAUACGUGCGCGCGGCUCAUGACGUCGCUAUGGAGGAGGAGAGGAGGAGGAGAGCACCCCGCCCGGCGCUGGAGAAAGGUAAGAUUUUAACCCCUUCCUCUCCCCAGAGCCCGGCGGGAGGGGGACCCUGAGGCUGGGGGCACCCUCAGGACACUAUAGUGCCAGGAAAACGAGUAUGUUUUCCUGGCACUAUAGUGGUCCUUUAAGAUUACACUCUGAAUGUGGUUGUUAUACAGUCCAUUUCUUGAGAAGCAAAAUGCAAACACAAUAUGCACAUGUAAUAAAAGUUUAAAGAUGCUGGAAUGAAGGUGGAAGGUUAGUUGUAUGAAGAUCCUUAGAGGUAAACUUUAGAUUUAGUUAUGUUUGUAUCAAAUUAAAUUGUCUGCAAGUUAAAAUCUCCAAGCAAGGGGAUAAAUGGGUACCUGGAUGUAAAAAGAGAAAAAAGGUAAGGAAAAACUAAAGCUGGACAAACAGGGCUGUAUGCUACACUAGCAGAUUUGUGGAAACAUUGUAAAUCUUAAUCCCAAAAAUAUGUUUAGGCCAACAACCAAGCUUUUUAAGGUUAAAGACAACCCCUCUUUUGGACCACCGCCUAUAUCCGAUUUCCUUCUUUCCUCUACUUUCUGCCACUGUUAUCUUUGUUUAUUUUCUUCUAAAUCUGAUUGUUUAGAAUACAUAGCUGUCUAUUACAAGCUGUCAUGAUUCUGUCUGUCUGCCAGGUUGAGCAAGAGAAGUUGGAUAAAGUGUGGCCUAGACUACGUGUUCUGGCUCGAUCGUCACCUACUGAUAAGCAUACUUUGGUAAAAGGUAAAACUAUGUUGUAUAUACAAAAUACUGCAUUACUUUAGCUUUUCCUAGAGACAGAUUGAUAGUGUGUCUUUGUUGCAGGCAUCAUUGACAGCACAGUAGAAGAGACAAGACAAGUAGUAGCAGUGACAGGAGAUGGUACCAAUGACGGACCAGCGCUUAAGAAGGCAGAUGUUGGAUUCGCUAUGGUAUGUUAGAAUUCCAUGAUAACUUUAUUGUAUAUUUUAAAAUAAGUAAUUCGGUCUUAUGUCUUGAUAGUUCUCCCCAGUUUCCAGUGGUUAAUGUCUUAUAAUUUGCUCUUUCCAUCAGAGAGCAAGGACUCAAAAUGUUUUUUUUCUCUGACAGGGCAUUGCUGGCACAGAUGUGGCAAAAGAGGCUUCGGACAUCAUCCUGACGGACGAUAACUUUACGAGCAUUGUGAAAGCAGUCAUGUGGGGUCGCAAUGUAUAUGAUAGCAUUUCCAAAUUUCUGCAGUUUCAGCUGACUGUUAAUGUGGUGGCAGUGAUUGUGGCAUUCACCGGAGCAUGUAUCACCCAGGCAAGUGAUAGCCUUUAAUAUGUUUUCUAUUUUAACCAAACUCAUGUGAAUUCAAAUAUUCACAUUCACUAUUUUAAAUACAUUCCAAAGCAUCAUCAUUGCAAUUUUUGCAUAAAAUCAGUCUGGCGGCAGCAUUCAUUACUGACUGUCAAUGGGCAGUACAACUUCUAAAAAGAACAACUAGGAGAUUACUAGAACAUAAACAAGCUCUUAGUAGCGUCUUGUGUAAGAAAGGGGAGGAUGUGGGCAAUGUUUUUAAAGUGAAAUCGACAGAAUUUGGUAACAGAUUGGAUGUUAGGCUUAAAGGUGAGGCCAGAAUCAAAUAUAACGCCAAGACAGCGUGCUUGCAAGGAUGGGCUAAUGUGGGUGCCACUAACUUGAAGGGAGAACAAAAGAGGAGGAUUAGGAGGAGGAAAGACAAGAAGCUCCGUUUGAGAGAUUGAGUUUCAGAAAGAGAAAUUAAAGGUGACCAAGAACAGAGUCUUGGGGGACUCCAAACGAGACAAGAUGAAGGAAGGGGAGGUAUCAUUAGAAAAGGAGACACUAAAUGAGCGUGUCUGAUGCAUUGUACCAUUUUGCGUUCUGCAUCAAGUUAUCCAUGAUAACAUACUACAUAAAGUAAUUUAGGCAUUCUGUAGUUAAAACAGUGUUGAGAAAAAAAAAUCCUUAUUUCUUAGAACUGACUAUGAACUGCUAAGAUAAAAGGUAAAAAUGACCAUGUACUUGUCUCAUUUUAUGCCUUAUACCAUUUUAUUGUAAAAUGGUUCUGUAGAUAAUGCAUUGUGUAUAGUGUCAUCAAACCAGGACAAUAGUAUCCUGCAUGUAUCCUUAUGCGCCAUCUCUCCUGCAAUGUAUUGUGCCAUUCUUCUCCACUCCACAUGAUUCUAAAUUAGAAUGCCUCACUAUAAAUCUCCUCUUUUGAUUUUAUCUAAUGUACUUUUUUUUUGUCUCAAUUUCUUUUUUGUGGUUGACAACCAGGGGAGGUGGAGUUACCACAAAAUAACUGAUUCCAUUAUUUCAGUCUGGCUCCCUUUCAAAUGUUUGAAUAUAGAUGAAAGGGACACUCAAUAUACCAAAAGUGCAAUAACUCAUUUAAUGGCACAUUGUAGAUCAAAUACAUUGAUUUGUGUAAAAUGUAUACAUGUCUUGUAUUAAAUUUCCAACUCCUUUCCUGUUUUGGCCAUGAGAAAGACAGGAAACUGUUUCUCUGAAUCCUCAACUAGUACUUCAUUCAGUUAAAAAAGAAAAACUAAUUGAAAACCACUAAAGAAAGUUGACGGAGCUCUACAGCUCCAUACGAGAGAUAAGUUUAAAAAAUCUGUGUUCAUUAAAUUUUGGAGACCAGGAAUUGAACAGCUUUCUGCCAAUUCCUAGUUUCAGUAGAUCAGAUCAAAACCUAGCGCCUGGUGGGUCCCUGCUCAGAUCUAAAGCUUAACCCCUUAAGGACCAAACUUGUGGAAUAAAAGGGAAUCGUGACAUGUCACACAUGUCAUGUGCCCUUAGGGGGUUAAGUUCAUAUUGCUGUUACGAAGAGAACCUAGGCAAUUUGCAUUUCUGACUGAUUCCACCCGAAAGGAUGGGUCCAGCUCCAAAAUGCAGGCCGGCUCCUCUGCAUAAGAGCUACAGCAACCCAACAUUUUUGAGACCUGAGCGGGGACAAAAAAGGGUAAACUAUUGAAUUUGAGCUUUUAUUUUUCUUUCCCAGAAUCCUCAUAUUCUCUGUUUUUGUUGCAAUGCAAUUUGUUAGGGCACUCCCUAAGCAAAAAUGGCAAUCCAGACAUAGAACUCAUGCUCACUGUGCCUAAAGUGGUAUCAUCUACACUUUUUUGUCAAAACGAUCAUCUGGGGUUGCUGUAUCGCUCGUGCAGUGAGAAUUUGCCAGCAUUUUUAAUAAAAAGGACACUUGGCUAAAAAUGGAGGUAAAACUAAGUUUAAAAAAAAUAUCUUUCACUUAAUGUUUCAGUAUCUGAUCUACUGAAACCAGAAAUUAGAAAGUUCUGGGUUGCCUUUAUGGGUGGGGUCAGUCUUAUAUGCAAAUAGUAUAGGUACUCUUUGUAAUGGCACCAGUGAGCAAAAACCUUUUCAAGACUUGAGCGGGGACUAACUGAAGGGCAAACUAUUGCAUUUAUCCAAGCGUUUGCCUGUUCUCAUAGUUCUCAUUCUCUGUUUUUGUUAUUAAGAUGUUAAGAUUGUUUUUUUGUUUUUUGUUUUUUUUUUUUUAUAUAUUUAUUUACAUUAACGCUAUUUGGUGCAGGAUUCUCCACUAAAGGCUGUACAAAUGCUGUGGGUCAACCUGAUCAUGGACACAUUUGCAUCUCUGGCCCUAGCAACAGAACCUCCUACUCAGUCACUGCUCCUACGCAAACCAUAUGGACGCAACAAACCACUUAUCUCUCGCACCAUGAUGAAGAACAUACUAGGACAUGCUGUAUAUCAACUGACUAUCAUCUUCACUCUGCUUUUUGCAGGUUAGAAAUAUACUUUGAAUCUUGGUCCUCUUGGGAUAAUGUUCCUAUUCCAAGUACUCAUCAUUACUAGAAAGGUUUUAUUUUGAUUGAUAAGAUAGUGUCUAUAUAUAGCAGCCAUAUAAUCAUGUUAAUAUUUUUAUUAAUGUCCUAUUUCAAACCGGUUUUCUUUAUGUCGCUUCAUUUAAUCUGAUCUCUACUUAGGUGAGAAGUUUUUCGACAUUGACAGUGGAAGGAAUGUACCCCUACACUCACCACCUUCAGAGCACUACACUAUCGUCUUCAACACAUUUGUUAUGAUGCAGCUGUUUAAUGAGAUCAAUGCUCGCAAGAUACAUGGAGAGCGCAAUGUCUUUGACAGUAUCUUCCGUAACCCCAUCUUCUGUGCAGUGGUACUGGGUACUUUUGGGGCACAGGUAUAAACACGAAUAUAAUUAGUAGAAGUAACUAAUGAUUUUUCUCUAUUAAAAACUGGAUUUGACUCAUUCUCAGUAUUCCAUCUAUACUGGCAAAUCACUUGGCUUUUCACUUAAAGAGAAACUAUAGUGCUAAAAAAAAAAAAAAAAAAGUUGUUUUCCGAACACUAAAGUGACCUACAAUGACCUCCACCCCCAUGGUGCUGGAAGGGUUAAAAAUCUUGCCUGAUUCUUAUUGCAAUGCGAUGUCCCUUUGUGCUGCAUCAGGUUCUGCCUCCUCUCCUCCACCGAUGUCAGUCGGGGAGGACCUAAUGCGCAAGUGCGGCAAGCAUCGUGCUGACAUUAGGACUACCUGAUAUGUAAACACUGCUCGGUGCUUUCCUAUGGAAUUUCAGAUGAAGCAGCAUGUCCUCGGGCCGAGCGUGAAAGUCGACUAUCCACCCGAACGUACCUCUAGUGGCUAUCUGGUAGAAAGCCACAAGAGGUGGAGUUAACCCUGCAAGGUAAUUAUUGCAGUUAAUAAAUAACUACAAUACACCCUGUUGCAAAUUAUUAUGCAAAUGAUAUUUUUCUCAUUUAACUAAAUAAUUGAUGUAAAUAACAGUCAGCAUAAUUCUCAUUUUAUCAACUAAUAAGAGUACAAUUCAAAUUUUAUUGAACAAACCUCCUAAUGAUUACAGUAUUUUUUUUAAAACGUAAAAAACUUACAAUGCACUGUUCCAAAUUAUUACGCACAGUAAGUUUCAAAACACUUUUGUGUUUGCAGCAUAUUUACUGAAAUCAAAAGCUAUUUCAAUCAAACUUAUAACAACAUUUUAACAUAGGACCCCUUAUUUGAUAGCAGCUUCACAAGUCUUGCAUCCAUUGAAAUUGUGAGUUUUUGGACAGUUUCUGCUUGAAUUUGUUUGCAAGAUGUCAGAAUAGCCUCCCAGAGCUGCUGUUUGGAUGUAAACUGCCUCCCACCCUCAUAGAUCUUUUGCUUGAGGAAGCUCCAAAGGUUCUCAGUAGGAUUGAGGUCAGGGGAGGAUGGAGGCCACACCAUGACUUUCUCUCAUUUUAUCCCCAUAGCAGCCAUUGAUGCUGAGGUAUUCUUUGCAACAUGAGAUGGUGCAUUGUCAUGCAUGAAGAUGAUUUUAUUAAGGAAAGCAUAGUUCUUCCUUCUGUACCAGGGAAGAAAGUGGUCAGUCAGAAACUCCACAUACUUUGCAGAGGUCAUCUUUACACCUUCAGGGACCCCAAAGGGGCCGACCAGCUCUCUUCCCAUGAUUCCGACCCAAAACAUGACUCCACCACCGCCUUGCUGACGUCGCAGACUUUUCCACCAACCAUCCACUACUCCAUCCAUCUGGACCAUCCAGGGUUGCACGGCACUCAUCAGUGAACAGGACUGUUUGAAAAUUAGUCUUCAUAUUUUUUUCUGCCCAAUGCAGCCGUUUCUGCUUGUGAGCAUUGGUUAGUGGUGGCCGAAUAGAAGGUUUAUGCACAGUUACAAGACUCUGAAGGACUCUACACCUUGAUGUCAGUGGGACUCCAGAGGCACCAGCAGCUUCAAAAAUCUGUUUGCUGCUAUGUAAUGGUAUUUUAGCAGCUGCUCACUUGAUCAGAUGCAUGGAUCUGGCAGAAAUCUUCCUCAAUGUGCCUUUAUCUGCACAAACCCGUCUGUGCUCUGAAUCAGCCACAAAUCUCUUAAUAGUGCAAUGAUCAUGCUUAAGUUUUCGUGAAAUAUCUAAUGUUUUCAUACCUCAUCCAAAGCAUUGAACUAUUUCACUGUUUUCGGCAGCAGAGAGAUUCUUUUUCUUCCCCAUAUUGCAUGAAAAUGGAGCUCUGUUUAAUAAUGUUGAACACCCUCCUUUAGUAGUUUUUCCUUAAGUUGGCCUCACCUGGCAAUCUAAUUAUCACAGGUGUCAGAGAUUGUUUUCAGUGAUCAAAAGAGCCCUGAGAUGCCAUCCAUGAGUUAAACUGAAAAACAGAAUAUUUAAUCUUUGUGACACUUAAAUAGAAUUUGCAUAAUAAUUUGGAACAGGGUGUAAUUACAAUUGCAGGGUUAAGGGGACAGUGCACCCAGACCACUUCCAUAAGCUGAAGUGGUAUGGGUGCCUAUAGUGUCCUUGUAUUGUCUCUGCAUUGUAGUAUGUGUUUUUUUUUUUGUUUGUUUUUUUGUGUGUCUCUUUAAUUUGUCAACUUCUCCUUGAUUACAGAUCAUAAUUGUAGAAUUUGGAGGAAAGCCAUUCAGCUGUUCGGGCCUCACUCUGUCUCAGUGGUUCUGGUGCAUAUUUAUUGGAGUUGGAGAGCUGCUUUGGGGUCAGGUGAGUCUAUCUUCUCUUCAUUUUUUUCCUUCUAAAGUUUCUUUGUUUACAUAUGGUACAUCAUCAAAUAUCUUCCUUGUAUAUCCAACUAGUUUCUAACGCAGAAAUUAUUAUUUUUUUUUUUAUUUUUACAGAAACCAAAAUAAUAUUCUUGGUGCUCAUUUUUCAAAUGUAAGAUUAGUUCACUGAUCAAGUUUACAUAGCAAUAUAUAAAACAAGAAAGUAUAAAUUCAUUAGAUUCGUAUGCAUCAAAGAGAUCUCCACUGCUUUUUUUGAGGUGUAUGCAUCUGAGGUUUGGUGGGUUGUUUUUCUUUGUUGUUGGCGUUUUUUUUUUUUUUUGUCCAAAUGAUGGCAUGACAUUCUCAAUUUGAGUCUACAUACAAGCUUUAAAAAUUAUUGCUCCAAAACUUCUCCGCUUCUUUUUUCAUCUUCAUUGUUUUUCAUAUAUCCCCUGACACUCUUCUCCUUGCAGUUGAUUUCUUCAGUCCCCACCAGCCGACUCAAGUUUUUGAAAUCGGCUGGUCAUGGUCCAAUGAAAGAAGACCUUCAGCAUGAGGAGCUCCAAGACGGCACGGAUGAAAUAGACCAUGGAGAGAUGGAGCUAAGGAGAGGCCAAAUCCUAUGGUUCAGAGGUCUGAACCGCAUACAGACGCAGGUACGUUCUAUAUUUGAGCCAUUUACCACUUUUUUUUUUUUUUUUUUAGCACCUCAUACCACCACAGAUGUCCGGCCAAUUGCUUUUUUUUUAAUAAGCUUUUUCAAUGCAUCACACAGAUGAACUAUGAACUUGUUCCAUAGAUUACCGGUCUUGCAGUAAUAGGCCAGAAAUCUCUGAAUCUGUUGAAGUAAAAUCCCUGACUUGUCAUUUUGCUUAACAGCUGAGCCAAAAAGAUAUUUUGUAUACAUGAAACAUAAAAUAUUAUAGUAAAUGGCUCCGAGCAGUCAGUACAAAGUUAAAGGACCACUCUAGGCACCCAGACCACUUCACCUUAAUGAAGCGGUCUGGGUGCCAGGUCCAGCUAGGGUUAACCCAUUUUUUUAUAAACAUAGCAGUUUCAGAGAAACUGCUAUGUUUAUAAAUGGGUUAAUCAAGCCCUCAAAUCCUCUAGUGGCUGUCUCGGAGGCGGAGAGCUCCCCGCCCGGCACUGGAGAAAGGUAAGAUUUAACCCUUUCCUCUCCCCAGAGCCUGGCGGGAGGGGGACCCUGAGGGUGGGGUAUAUUUUCCUGGCACUAUAGUGGUGCUUUAAGCAUGUGUUAGACAUCCGCAUUCCCAUCAUUACUAGUCUCUCUAUAUAAAUAUUUUCGUUGCCGCACAAUUUUAAAUUUACAAAGAUAUUCACUAGACCCUAAUUUUUAGGUAACAAAGAAAAAAAUUCUAAGUUUUGGAAAUAAGCCUGUGAAAUAGAUCUUUGCACAAUGCAUCACCCAAAUCUGUAUGUUUAUACUUUUUAUUUUCAAACAAAUGUAGGUUGUCUUUUUUUUUUUUUUGGUAAAUUUUGUGUUUACUGGGGAGUUGUUUUUUUGUUGUUUUUGGUUUGGUUUUUUUUACAUCUCCAUAUAUUUGUAAACAGUACACCACUGAUGUUCUAUAAAUGUUUGUUUUUAUUUUUUUUAAACUUUGAGGAUUCAAGGAUUACAGAGUCACAAAAAACAACAACUUUAUUUACAAUGCUUUAUUCUAUUUUGUUUAUUUGUUUUUAUUUGUUCUCACAUUGACAACAAAAGGGCUAAAUUUGGUAUCUUAAUUAAAGUUAGUGGGAAUAUCAGCCAUUUCCCAAAACUCAGUGAGAAUUGCUAUUUAAUAGUCUGUUUUCUUAAUAUUACAAUGCAAUAAAGAUUGUUAAUUAAGGGAUCUGGAUGAUAUUAGGAGGAUGACUUUCUUCUGGAUAAGAUCCCACCGCUUUAACAAGUGAAUCUAGAUACGUUGGUUUGAUGGAAUUUGUACUACACAGCUAUGCUCACCCUUUGAAACUUUGCUUUAAAGGCCUGCUGGUAUCUUACUGUUCUUUCGUCUUUGAGCGAUGGGAUAACACCAUUGUUUUGUUAUUCUUUGUUUCAAUUUCUCAUAUAUGUUUAAAAGAGUCUUUAUUCCAUUCUAAACAAUCGCUAUUUUAUAUGGCAUUAAAAUUUCUUUCCUCUAUUUGCCCCUAAUGUGUCCCAUUUUCUAAGUCUCCGCCUUACUGUGAUUUUUAUUUAUCACUCUUUAUCAUGAAAUAUGAUGAUCUUAAUAUAUCUUGCUCAUUUCCCUCUCUUCUCUCAUUUUCUGUAUCCUUCCUCCUCUUUCUGACUUUAGUGUGUCUCCCUCUGAUUCCUUACAGAUGGACGUAGUUUAUACAUUCCAGACGGGCGGUACCUCUUUACAAGGGGCUUUGAGGCGCCAGCCUUCCACCAUUAGCCAGCACCUCGAUGCUAAACAUGUCUCUAGCCCAACACACGUAGCUCUGUCCUCUGCUACCUCUCCCCCAGCCACUUCUGCUGCUGCUACUUCUGUGGGCAGUGAGUUCAACACUAUUACAAUGCAUGCUGUGCACUUCGGCUGCUGGUCACUGCUCUAUCUGUCUGUUUCUUAACACUGUCCCUUUCCAAAUAACUUAAUCAUCUAACAAAGGCACGGAUUUGACCCACCCUGGUGAUGGGGAACUUUUCUUUCCUUUUUUUUUUUUUGUAUCUUUUUUUUUUUUACAUUUAUUCUUUUAAGUUUAUUUUUGUUUGUUUGUUUUUUUCUUUCUUCUUUUCUUUGCAGGUGGCAGACCCGCUUACAUAAACACUGCAAAAGCACACUUUUAAUAGGGAAUAAUGUCCUAGUGCAGUAAAACAAGGCAAAAUGUAACAUUCCAGUUUUCAUUAAAAUUAGUCAUUUCAGAUGAUUAGGGAGUUAGUAUUUAUUUUGGUUUAUUUUUCUGUUUAUAGCACAGUCCCGGUACAACCUAAGAAUUAUUUUGGGUAUUUGAGAUAAGUACAUUUAUCCAAAUAAAUAUAUACCCAAAUAAUGUGGCCAAUGUCAGGCGGCUAUAGGAAAAAAAGCACAGGACUUUUAAAUAGAUGAAGGUAUCCUCUAUUACAGCCAACAAAUAGGUGAAAUUACACCAAAUAGUGUAGAGUUUCCAAGACUGGGUCAAAAGUGUUGCCUUUUUGGCCUUAUUAAAGAAUCCAUCUAUUUACUGUGAAGUUUGUGCUGCUAAUUUUUUAGCACUGGUCUCCCGUUCUGAUUUCCAUCGGCUAUUGCCUUCAGCAUCGAAAGGCUGGUAUUCAAAAAUAUAGUAAAAAAAUAUAUUAAAAUAUGUGCAAUGGUCCAAUGGUAGCAACAUGUAAGGGAUCUGCACUAAAAAUCAGUGGGUAAAAAUUGUUGUUUUAUUGUACCCAUGUCAUAUUUGUCGUAUUUAGUGUUUUGCCUCUUUAUAAAUUAUUGACAAAACUCCACCUAGAAAAUGCUUAGCCAUUUUUGUUAUCACUUCCAAAAAAUAACAUGAUGGAACUGUGAAUUGAAAAUGUUGAGGCAUGCUACAUAAUCAUUUCCAAUGCAGAUUUUAGUCUAGAAAGUUUAGAAAAUAAUAUAUAUACAGAAGGCUGUUUGGUCACCUGUUCAUUAACAGGACUGUACAAAGGACACAUGACUUAAGGAGUUUUCUCCUGUAACGGUGCAACGGCUGCUGUCAAAAAAACAUAUGUCAUAAAGAAUAAAGAUAUAAUCCACUCACGAGAGAGGCUGUCAUACUAUACAUGCUUUAAAAAGGACCAGAUGUUUUGUUUUUUCCCCAAAUUUUUAUCGAAGCUUACUAGGAACAAGUAAUGUGAGAAUUAAUUAGGUAAUCAAAAUUAGUUAAUUUAAAGUUUUAACUACCAAAAUCUUGUUUUUGUACCCUUGCUAUUAAAUGCAUAGGUAACACUAAUAAUUUUUAUUUAUUUUGCAUUCAUUAUGCACGCAGCUUUGGUUUCCCUUUUAUGCUUAGCAUUGAUGCAAUACCGACACACUGUGGCAAUAACUGAGUACGGUUCUGCUAUAAACCUUGUACUAACACAUCGGCAAUGCUUCUUUCAGCAUUAAUUCAACAUCAAAUUUCACAGGCAUCUUGGAUUCAUGUAUAUCUUUACUAUGGAGAUUGUUCCUUAAAAAAAAAACUUGUGUCCUGCAAAAAUAUUUAAUCCCAGUUGCGCCACAGUGCAGUUUCAAUAUUUGGCUGAAUGUCUGCAUGGGAAUGUAAUGAUGCCUGCAAUAUGUGCAUGCUUGCUAGUCUAGUGUGGUUCUGAUUAUUGUGUGAUGUGCAGAUUAAAGGUGCAGACCCUCUUAUAACCAAACAUGUCCUUUGCAAACUUGUUCACUUACUUCAUUGUGGAUAUUUAUAACUUAUCAGGUGGCUGAUUUUUAUUUUGGGGCAAGAGGGAAAAAAAAGGAAGAACAUCACUUAUUCGUGUUAAUAAAUUGUUUAAUGUAUGUAGGCAUAAAGAGAGAAGCUUUUUUGCCAUAAUAAAAAUCAGCACCCAUUGUACUGGCUUUCCACCUGCAGUUUCCCUUUCAGUGAGAGGGCUACACGUGGAUGUCUUUCUUAUAGCUUCUCAUCCUUUAAAUCUGAGAAAAGGAUGUUGUGAUUAUAACUGUGAAUUCUAAGAGCUGACUGGGACUGCAACUUUGAUGCUUGACUGUAUAUACAUUGGUGGUUUGAGGAUUUUCUCAUGCCAAAGCUAUCUCUAUCCUUAUGUGGUAUGACUGUGUUUUCAGUGCACAGAUUUAUUUUGAAUUUGUGUUUGGAGGGCAAAAUUGCCUUGAUUUGUUUUGUUUUUGAUGGAUUUGUAUUCUGUGUGGUUUUGUGAUUUUGAUUUAGUUUUUUUGUGUCAUGGAUUUUAUUUUUAUUUUAAAAUGCUCAUUUUGAAUUAAUCCAUUAAUCCCUUCCUAUCAAAACAUUUCAAAAAACCUAUUAAAAUAACAAAAACACAAAAAAAUCUCUUCAGGGUGCUGUUCUUGAUGUCAUGAAAAAAGCUGCUGCCCAAAAUAUCAUUUUAUUUCACUCUCUCUGAUCGAAGUCUCAGACCAGCGAAGAUUCACCUGCAAUCUUUUUAAAUUCCAUUUGUUAUUUAUGUUUACUUAUUUUUAUUUGUCCAGUGGGUGCCAAGAAACUAUUCUUCUCUUUGUAUAUUUCUGUUCUCUUUCUUCCACUUUUGUUACAUUCCCACUUUCCUCUUCUGUUUCUCUCAUUUCUGUCUUCUAACCUUGCUCCUUCAGUCCUCUAAUCGCUGUAAGUCUCUGAAGCACUCUUCCAUUAUCUCCUUAACCUGUUGCCUCCCCCAUUAAUACUUUCUUCUUCUUUUACCCAAAACAGAUUAAAGUGGUGAAUGCGUUCCGCAGCUCCCUGUAUGAGGGGCUGGAGAAGCCACAGAACCGCAGUGCCAUCCAUAGCUUCAUGACUUACCCGGAGGCGGGAUCUGCCCCCUCGCUCACAGACAGCGACAGCGAGGGUGAGGAAUCUCGGGGUCUCCUUAAAGGACGCGACGACCAGACGCACAACCAUAACAACAACUCCUCUACAGAACAGCGUCCACUGGAUAUCACAGUGUCGCCAUAUGAAAGCCCCAUGCACAGCGUGGAGACCUCCAUUUGA